GCCUCGGGGUGGCGGCCCGCCGGCCCGCCUGUCACAUCCGCCGCGGGGCGCGCCUGGCCUGGGCUUUCCCCAGCAGGUGGCAGCGGGAUCCCAGGCGCCGCCGCCGCCGCCGCUUCCGCCUCCGCCGCUUGGCCCCAGGCCCCCGCCGAAGCCGGCCAGGCGCGCCUCUGCCCUCCUCGCCAGGCGACGCGGCGGGAGAGGAGGGACGGCCGGCCAGCAGCCCCUCGCCAAAGUUUGGAACGGGCUGGGCGGCGGCGGCGGGGAGUCCGGAGCCAAGUUGCCCCGCGCCCCGAACUGCUCCUCUUUCUCCGGCGCCUCCCGCUUGUCUCGGGCUGCCGGGAGAGGCGGCCCUUGCUCGUCUUGUGGGGCGGCUGCUGCUGCUGCUGCCGCGCGCCGCGCUCUCCCUCCGCCUGGCAGCCCUCCUUCCUCCUCGCCGCCGCCGCCGCCGCCGGCCUGCCCGCCUCCUCCCCUCGCUCGCCUUUGCUCCCACACCAUGGAGUUUACGGAGAGGAAGAGAAGCAGGAAAUCCCAAAGCUUUAAACUGAUCAAUCAAGGUACGGUGUGCGAGUGUGCUGGUGUGCUCUUCUUGGUGUGGGAUUUGUGCUCGUCUCUGGGGAGAAGGAGACUUCAUGUGCAAAUCUAGAGGAAGAGCAGGAUGUUAUGAAAUAUGUGCCAUUCCCUUCUGUCCGCCUCUCAAUAUUUAAACUCCCUAAUUGUAUUAACGCUGGAAGCACUGCGUGUGUGUUGUGUAUGGCGGGGGGGGGAGUCUUCUCCUUCUCCAUUUUAAUAAAAUGGACACUUUUUUCCUCGGUCGGAUGAGACACAUAAUGAUAAAGUUAGGUCUUGUUUCGCGGUGAAUGCCUUUUUAAAAGAAAAAUAAAGGCUCAAAUCAGGGACAUAACGAAACAUUCGUACUUGGGGAGAGGGGGACCUGUUUCUUUCUUCUUUAAGUACUGAAUUCCUCUCGGUGCGCUUGCUGUCUUCAGCUUUGUUUCUCCCUUUCCUUAUGGACCGAUUGUGCCCAGACACGCAUUGAGACGCGGAGCUUGGCGGAGGUUGCCUUCAGCACACGCGUCCACAAGGCAGCCCAUGAAAUCACACAGGAUCGGGCGCGGGGCGGGGGGGGGGCAGGCAACUUGUCCUUCCCGUUUGAGCUCCUCGGAAGAGGAAUGCGGAUCUCUAAGCAGAAUAAUGGCAGGAAAUGUGUAAAAAAUGUGCCCUUUCACUUUCGUCUAAGGGGUGUGUGUGGAUAGAUAGCUAGCUAGCUAGAUAGAUGGAUCGAUCCUUGGUGUUGUAUAACAGGUGUUCUCCUUGGGAGGUUUGUACUCUUAUUUCAUUUGACUUUAAAACAUGGCUGGAGAAGGUCCUUAGCACUGAACGCAAAUAUCUCCAUGAACUGCGUAUGUGCCCUGCAUGAUAAGUUGAGGGCAGGUAAUUUAGAGGGUAGUGCUGCUGUUACUCUUCUUCUUAUUUGAUAGUUCAUCAUUAAAUAAUUCAGACACUCUUCUUUAACUUGUCAUUUCUGGUGGAAAUUGGAUACAGUAUAAGGUUUCUGAAAUAAAGAACUGAGAAGGAAUAGAUAACGUAAAUAAUGUUGGUUUUCUCUUUUUUUUAAGCCUAUGGCAACACAUUCUUGAAGUUUACUUUUUUAACCAAAGGGUUGUGCUUAUAGCGUGAUUGCUGUACUGUUGGACAGUAACAAGCAAAGACUAAUAUAAGGGAACUGUCACACAGUGAAAAUUGGACUGAUUUGUUUCAGAACUUCUUGCCUUUCAACUAUACUUAAGUUAUAGUAUAUAAAAGUAGCUGAACGCAUACGUUUCCAUAAGAUAAGAUUCAAUCAAAUAAGUCCUCAGCAAUAAGAAGUAAAUGCAAAUUACGUUCAGUGCUCAGGGGUUAAAAUAUUCAACAUAGCAUUUUAUCUGACCUCCAGUUCUACAAAUGGUUUCUUUUCCCUAUUGAAGCGUGUAUGUUUUGAUUUAAAAAAAAAAAAGUAGAUGGUGCACAAAGCAGUUUUAAAAUUUACAAUUUUAGAAAGUGUGUGGUUCAUCUGACACUUCUGAGCUGUUGUUUUUAUUUGACUGAUAUGAGGAUUUGUUUCCACUGUAGUUGAUGUUUCCCUAGUUGGUGUUUCCUUAGCAAUAGGCCUGUUCCUUCUGCUCGAAUCAUAACAUCAGGAAUACAGAGAAGUCUUAUUUGCUGUCAUGGAUCUGAUAGGCCCUGGACUAUAAUAUCCCAGGGAAAGGAGAGUAUGACAGACAGGAUACUGCUAAUUAUUAUAUUAUGUGAAGUUUACUAUAUAUUACAGCUUUUAAACUUAACACUCAUGUGACUCAAACUGUUCAUGAUUUAUUUGUAUUGGAUGCAGUACUGAUUUCCUAUUUUGACACAGUAGUUGGGUAGGGUAGUAUUCACCUAAGUUUUACUUAGAGUAGAUCUAUUUAAAUUAAUGACUGUGGCUACGUUAGGUCCAUUAAUUUCAAUAUAUCUCCUCUGAGUAAAACUUAAUUGAAUGUUAUGCAUAGUCCUCCUUGAUACUUUGACAAUUUUAUAUGUUUGUAUUUAUUUUCAUAACAUUUAUAUACUGCUUGAUUGUAAAAAAAACUUCAGAGCAGUUUACAAAAAGAAUAAAACAAUUAAAUUAUAGGUAAAAACAGUUAAAAACAACUAUUUUAAACAUUCAAUGUGAUUACUGCUCAUGGAGUCUGGGCUUAAGAUAAAGGUUCCGAGGACAUGUUAAACUGCAGUACCAGCACAGGUUGGAAACGAGCAAAAAAAUCACAUGAAUGGUUGCCACACCAGAAAGAAUGGCGUAUGGUGGCUCAAUGUCAUCAUUAUGCCAAAAGGGUGGCAUAAAUCUUUGCUGAAACUUCCCCCCAAAUGACUGUGUGUUGAGUCUUGUCUGUUGGUAUUGCCUGUCAGUCUCAUUGGUUGAGUCAUAAAUCAUACACCCGUAUUGUCUUCUGUUGCAUUGUUUGAAGCAUAAAGUCUAGUGAACCUUCUUAAGUAUUAUAAUAUGAAUCUUUUUUAUUAUUGAAACCCAGCCCAAGGGAUAGAGUAAAGGAUUAGCACUUGUCCCAGCGAAGAGAAGGUAUUGCAAGUCUUCUCAGACUCAUAAUUAAUGCAGAGGACGUGAGUUCCACAGGUGUGGGGAAAAUCAUUGAGAAUGUCUCUGACACCCAGAUGAACUUGGAGGUUAAACUUCAUAAACCUGGAGAAUGUGGUCUCUAAGUAUCAGUGUAAGCAACAAGCCAUUUUACAAAUUGGUGAUGUUCAGGAGGCUCACAUUUUAUUUAUUGUAUCUGAUUAGGGACAAAAUGAUAUAAAUGCUAGAAGAUUAUCUGGAAUUAAACCAAGUUUAUAGUAUCUGUAGUACUCUGCCGUCCUGGAACUCCUGCUUCAAUUAAUUGUAUAUGAUUGUGACUCUCGCCAAUAUCAGGUUAGCAUAGCAUUAGUUUCAGUGGGAACACUGGAUGCUACAUGAGCCCAGUUGGAAUGAAUGGAGGUUGUGCAGUCAGUGCCUAGUGCAUUGUGAUUUUGAUACAUUAGGAUACUCCUGUAUUACAUUCAUAUAGAGAGACCAGUGGUGUCCGCAUGCCCAGAUAUUUAGAAUCUUGAACCAGGCCCUAAAUCUAAUAAUAAUUUCAAGUAGAAGCAUUAAUUUAUUUUAAAAUCUAAAAAACAGAAGAGUCUGUUCUGAACUUUUGGGGACAAACUGUAGUUACUUGUUAUAUUUUUUUCAGUUCAGGCAUGUUUCCUAGCCAAGGAAGACUAUAUUGUGUAUUGCAUUUGGCUCAGGGGCUGUGUGCUCACUUAUUGUAAUAUUAAAUCUUUAUUUCAAAAUUGCAUUUAGAGUUUAGCAAUCCAUAUUGCCUUGGUGAAAGCUAGAAAUUGUGAACAUAGUGCAGACUCUUAGUUCCAUUCCUUUCUCCCCAGUGCAAAUGUCUGAAUGGAUCGUGUGCUCCUGUCUAGCAAGAUUCAAGUAAUGGAUCUGGUCGCUCUGUUUCUCUUGUCUAAAACCCAGUUCCCAACGUUCUGUUGCACCAGGGAUAGGCAGCCUCUUUGGACCGGUGGACACAAUUUUUGAAUUUUGAGAGAGUUCUGGGAUGCCAGCCACAGAAUAACUGCUGGGGUGGGGGAAGGCAUAACACAAAAUGGCUGCCAUGGGGAGCAUGGCACAACACAAAAUAAGGGGGACAGCUCCCCUUGGAGACAUUCCACUUACUAUGGGAAACUAGCUUUUUCCAGGCCCGUACAGAGGGUUGGGGGGCAACUGGGUACUCCUGCCCUGGACCUCAAAGAGCUAAGUAUACCAGGGGGUCCUGCCAGGGGCCUAAUGGGCUUAUGCUGCAUUGCCAAGAAUGCCCUGGGCUUCCCAGCUGCCCAGAGACUUAAUGGGUGUAACUGUAUUCACUGCAGGCCUUCAAUACUAAAAUAUGGACCUGCAUUACUGUGUACUAGCGUAGAGCGUCUCAUGGACAAGACUCCUGCCCCAGGCCUCAGACAAGCUCUGCACAGGCCUGCCUCUGUCCUACUGCCCUUCAUUGUGUAGAACCCACCUCCCUCUCCCCCCCCCCCACCAAGUGAUGCUGUUUCUGUCUAACAACAGAGAACAUUUCUUAGUACCAGGAAAAAUGUACAAAGUGGCCACACCACACUCACUGCCAUUUCACAGAAAUUGUUUAGAAGGUACCUUCACAUUUUGUCCCAUAACUUACUUUCUAGGGAAGAAAGAGACUUACUUCUUUUUUAAAAAGAGCUCACCAGUUAAAACCUUGUAGGUGCCGUGGUAUCUGCAGGCAUUGGGUUGGUGACCCCUGUGGUACACGCUCGUGUGAUGAAUAAACAACCACCAUGAGACGAUGUAGAUGAAGGAGCAGCUCUAUGGACUAUACAGGCAGGACUUGCACAGGCUGGAACUCCCAUCAGCGAAGGGCAGGUUUACCACUACCAUGGUGGUGUCCUCAAGUGCAUCUGUUGAUUUUCUUUCACAUAAGCUGAGUGGUUUGCAUACGUUUGUAAUAAGGAAAUGUAAAAUCCUGGCUUUGGGGACGCUGACACUGGUGACUCAGCCCUCAGUGGUGGGAAUAGCAUAAGCAGGUACUCAUCCCUUAGUGGCCCUUGCAGUGCAGCUCCCCACCUCUGUGUAUGCCCGUGGCACCCUAAUGAUGGGCAUUUUGAUACUAAAGAAUAACAGCGUGGUUAUUUCAGGCAGGGAACAGAAGAAACCAUCAAUUCCAGGGACCCUGGGAUCUUUAAAUAUAUACAUCUCCUUUUGUGCAUAACACUUCCCUAAGACCACAUAAAUCCUGUUGCAAAAAUGUGCUUAGGAUUAGGCUGUAAAAAUGAGUUAGGCUGUCAGUUUUUGCAUUCUCACUUGGAAAUCAUUUCCUUUGAAGGCAGUGGGACUGACGUCUCAGUAAACGUCUCCAGAAUUAAUUUUACACUUUCUUAUUCUAGAACUUAAUAAGAGUUGGAGUUUAUGUAGUCUUUCUCCUAGACUCUUACAACAUCCCUGCAAGGCAGGCAAUAUUCUUAUUGCCAUGGAUGAAAGGCUGAGGUUGGCAGGUAGUAUCUUGCCUAAAGCACCCCCCCCAGGUGAAUAGAUUGCUGAAGUAGGAUUUGAACUCAGGGUAUACCACUCUUUGUCUUACCCUUAAGUUGCUCAUAUUCUCUAUUUCUGCUGUGGCCUUUUUUAUCUUAGGUUGGGCCAGUAGGCUAAGUGCCAAUAAUUUAAUGUAAUGUGCUAGAUUUGUAAUGCCUUAUCCCUUGUGUUUGUGAUCACUCCUAUGAGGACGAUAGCUCUUUUGUGUAACCUUUUUAUUCCCUAGGGUCUGUCUCGCAGAGACUUCAAAGCAUUCUGUGAGUUCAUGCAGACUAACACCCUCAAUCAUUUUUUGAUUGCUGGCCUCUGAACUGAGGACAAGUGUGAGCCCUGCUAGAAGAACCAUCUGUCUAGUUGUUUUCUUACUUUGAAGAGACUCAGCGCAACGAAGCUUGUGAACCUCCUGCUCUAUAGCAGUGAGAAGAACAAACAUGCAAAACGUGGUGUCUCCUCCAUAAGUAAACAUCUUGAGUAGUCACUCAAGGCAAACUCAGUCAUGGAAUGAUAGAAUUGUAGGGUUGAAAGGGACCACAAGGGUCAGGUCAUCUAGUCUCAAUGGGGGGGAGGGCUUGAACCCAUGACCCUGAAAUUAAAGAGUCUCAUGCUCUACUGUCUGAAUUAUCCCAGUCACCGCUAACCUUUGCUGAUGAGAGCAGGGAUUAGGGACCCAUCAUUUGAUUUCUCAGAUAUUUUCGCAUAGAGGAGAUAGAUUGUCAAUAAACUAGUUUUGUUCUGACAUUAGAUCACACUUCCAUUGGAUGUAAUGGAUAUUCCUUAUACCAGACUCCACUGUUACUGAAGAUUCCUUAUUUCUGAAUAUUUAAUCUGUCAACUGCAAGCCUAAGGACAGAGUGUGCUUACAGUAGGGUCAGAAACAAAAGCCAGGAAGAUAGUCUUCCUAUAAAUGCCUGCCAUAAUUCCUUUUUUCUGCUUGCAUAUGCCUGCCUGUUUGUGCCUGCAUAGGUAUUAUUACUUAUUCACUAUGUAGUUGUGAUAAAAAGGGAGCUUCUACAUUCAUUGUAUGUAUUCAGUUUUAUUUGAAAUUUUUUAUUAAUUUCCAUUCGUAGAGCCUGAUCUGUUCCCUUUAGAAUUCAUUGGCAACCUUCCCAGAUAAAAGGCCAAAGAGCUAAAAGGUUUGUCAUCAGGCAAGACUUACAAAUUUCUAUUUGUCUGUAAGGAUGGCACACUUUUCAUUUCUGUCAAAAUCUCCCAUGCAUUCUGAAAGACACAGCAAAAGACAACACUCCAGAUAGUUGGUGUCUGCUAUAUUAAUUUAUUGUGAAAAUGAACACCACAAGUGAACCCCCAGACAUAGCUGUUUGCUGAAAUAUGGAAAAUAUUUUGGUUAAGUGCCUUCAGCAAAAGCAGAGGGCUUUAUUUGUUUUUAGGGAGGGCUGACACAGAGCACGUUUUCAUUGACUGAUCAGAUGUGCAUUGAAUAAAAAAGCAGAUACAUUGGGAGAUUAUGAGAUAAAAUUGUAACAUCGUAUUCAGUGUUCAUUUUUUUCCAGAUCACUUGAAUUCUAAUUCAUCUCCCUAUUUUUAAUUCCAGAUUAUCACCAUGAGGCAUACAAGAUCCCUGACUAUAGUAAUGAUGUUAAUGGGGAGGCCAAAGAAGCGCAACAAUUUUAUUUAGGUAUGUUCUCACGUUGAUUAAUUUCCAAAUGGCACAUUUGUGGCAGGAAGCAUGUGGGUGGGUGAGAAUUACUGCAUGCCUAUAGGAAGUACUUGCCACUGUUUUAUAGGAUGUUCUUUUCAAAUGUCUUUCUGUUUUGCCAAUUGCCAGCAUAUCUUUUAUUAACAUUUGCUAAAAAUGCUGUAAUUUGAGACAUAAAUGUUUAUUAGUGUCUACCCACAAUGCUAAUUAUCACUCACCCAGAGAACAAGAUGCUGACUAUGUAGUUUGCAGCUCUGUGCUCAACCCAUUUACAUUGCAUAUUUGCUGGCAUGCUUCACUGGCAAUAGUUUGUGUAAUUGGGGCAUUACAUCUUUGACAUCUGGAUAACAGAAAUUCAAUUUCCAGAAAGCCACUAUUUGUUUGGUUUUGCUUUGGCCAUGGGUGGGAUUAAUGUGUUGUCUUAAUAUAAUGUCCCUUCACCUCUGCAAACAUGGCACUUAUCUUAACCACAGCCAAAUUAAAUUAAAUCAGCUGUCCAAAAUGUGUAAAGAAAAUAAUGAAAUAUUAUUGUCUUCCUAACUGAAGCUUGAUAGGACUUUAUCAGUGAAUUGCUCAUAACUGUCAUGAUUGCCCCUACUAUGAUUCUGACCCCCUAUAGUUCAACUGCUCAUACCUGCUGUAAUGCAGAAGAAUCCUAGCUGCUCUUGAUCCAUCUUAUAAAACAUAUUUAUUGCUUAAUGCCAAAGAUUUUAAACAGUUAACCAUAAAAGUGCUUAAGUUCUCCUAUGGAGAAGAAUCAGACACUGCAGAAUUCAGUGCCUCACUGCUGUAAACAGAAUUCUUUAAUUUCAUUCAUUGCUGCUACACGGAUCCUUCAAGUGGGGCAACAGCUACUCUUAUUACACAUGAGCUACUUCCCUCCAAUGUUGUGCUGUGCAGUGGUCUCACAAAGUCCCCUGCUGGGUCUGGUAAAAUGGCUGUGUUGGAGAAAGUGUGACUGUCACCAGAGACUCACGUACUGUGACAUCAGCGGCAUGGUAAGAUAUGAGGGUAGAUAAACAUUUCUGAAUCUGUUAUGCAAACCCGCAAAGGUGCAUUGGUUCUGUUCUCUGUUUGUGGUUUUAACAUUUGAAGCAUCUUUUUUUACGUCGCUUGUGGUAGGCCUUUGGCUUUGUCCAUAGUGUUAAGGGUUAUUUUGGCAUAGCAUAGCAAGGUGUGAAUUUAUUUUACUUUAUUUAAUGGGUUUCAGAUUUUUGUCUCCCAAAAAAGACUCCAUAGAGCUAUCAACCUCCCUCCAUUGCUAAAAGUUCUUAAGAGUCAUCAUGCUUAUAUUGCUUUCCUCUGCCUUCUGUGGAAUGCAUUGCUUUCCAGAAGCACAGGGAAACAUAGGUCUGUUGUAAACAAUUUUUACAAUGGUUUUAAACUUGCAGUUGAGAUUCUGCUUUUGAAAGGUUAAUGUAGAAAACUAAUUAUGCAAUCCUGGUAACCAAAUGUGUGAUGAGACAUUUAUCUGUGUAAUUAACAAUGAAGAACUUUAUAGUUUCAUAAAAUUGAAUGCUACACUGUGUGCAGUCUUCAGUGUGAAUUUAUUUUGAAGAGGUGCAGAAAACAGAGAUGUUUAUGGCUGAUAUAAAGUAGGACUGAAAUAUGCUGUAGUGCAGGUGUCUGUGUGUUUUACUACAUUUUUGUUUUGAUGAAUUAGAUUUUGGUAGACCAAUAACUUCAUUUUGCCAGAAUAAAAUGAGUGAAGUGGGCUUGCAGUAGGGAAGGGCUAUAUAGUGUAAAUGAUCGUGAAAUUCUAUACAUGUUUAUUUGGAAGUAAAUCCUAUAAAGUACAAUGAGGUUUAAAAAGGUAAAAAGGUAAAGGACCCCUGACAGUUAAGUCCAGUCGCGAAUGACUCUGGGGUUGUGGCGCUCAUCUCACUUUACAGGCCGAGGAAGCCAGCGUUGUCCGCAGACAGUUUUUCAGGUCAUGUGGCCAGUAUGACUAAGCCGCUUCUGGCGCAACAGAACACUGAAACCAGAGCAGCGCACGGAAACGCCAUUUACCUUCCAGCUGGAGCGGUACCUAUUUAUCUACUUGCACUUUGUUUUGGCGUGCUUUCGAACUGCUAGGUUGGCAGGAGCUGGGACCAAGCAAAGGGAGCUCACCCCGUCAUGGGGAUUCGAACCGCCAACCUUCUGAUCGGCAAGCCCAAGAGGCUCAGUGGUUUAGACCACAGCACCACCCACGUCCCUCAUACAGUGAGGUUUACUCCCAAGUAAAUGAGUAUAGGAUGUGUACCCUCAAAGCACAUUGUCCUCAAAACAAUAUUUUUAACCAUAGUCAAUCAGAAAAAAAUUAGCAGUCCAUAUUAUUAAAUUUACUUUCAUCUUCUCUUUUAAUAGCUACAAUUGCUUAUGUAAGUGUUGGGUCAAACACACUAGCGAUAUUUUCUGAAAUCUUGGGGCCAAAUUCCAAAUUACAGUGGUACCUCAGGUUACAUAUGCUUCAGGUUACAGACUCCGCUAACCCAGAAAUAGUGCUUCAGGUUAAGAACUUUGCUUCAAGAUGAGAACAGAAAUCGUGCUCCGGCGGCGUGGCUGCAGCAGGAGGCCGCAUUAGCUAAAGUGGUGCUUCAGGUUAAGAACAGUUUCAGGUUAAGAACGGACCUCCGGAACAAAUUAAGUACUUAACCCGAGGUACCACUGUAUGUAGUAGGCAUAUCACUCGGACCCCAAUGUAAAAAAGUUCACUGUCCUUAAUUAUUGGUUCAGGUAGGUAGCCAUGUUGGUCUGAUGCAGUCGAAAUAAAUAAAUCAAAAUCAAAAAAUUGUCCCGUAGCACCUUAGAGACCAACUAAGUUUGUUGUGGGUAUAAGCUUUCAUAUUCUUCACUCUAAGGUGCUAUGGGACACUCUAAGGUGCUAUGGGACAAUUUUUUAAUUUUUAUUUAUUUAUUUUGACUUAAUUAUUGGUAAAUUGCUGUGUCAAUGAUACUAUGAAAAAGAUGAAUAUUGUGUUUUUUAUUGCUAAAUUUCCUACUUGUGGAAGGAAGCCUGUAUUGAGGCUUAUGUGCAUGUUGAACAUCUUCAGGCCUUGAAAUGCUAUGAACUGGCCUGCAAAUAUUAUUCAAGGAGAUCAGCAAUGUUCUGAUAUCCUUGGUGGAAGAGAAGACAACACUGGUAUCCAAUUAUACAGUACACUUCUCCAAAAUAGGGAAAGAUCAACAAAAUUAAUCAGGGUCAGAGUAACCAUGUUCAAUUCCUCUAAUGAGAAAUAAAUAGAGCAAUGAUUCUAACUACACAGAACACUCAUUGGAAGGAACAUAGGAGUCAGCCCAUUGGUCCAUUAGACUGAGUCAAGUCAUUGGUCCAUUUAGCUCAGUAUUGCCUACACUGACUGGCAGUGGCUUUCCAGGUCUUCAGGCAGAAGUCUUCCCCAGCCGACUCUGGAGAUGCUGGAGAUUAAACCUGGGGCCUGGUGCAUAUGAAACCGUUGUUCUGGCACUGAAUUGUAUUGUAGUUCUGUUCUGCUUAAGGUGACAUUUUGGAAAUAAGGCUCUUCUUGCUGGAUAAUAGAUACAAGGAAGCAUUUACCUGUCAGAGUAAAUAGUGCAUGGGAGGGUUCCCUGACAAAGGCGUUACCAGAUGUGUUGGGAACGAUACUAGGCACUACUUCACAGUGUUAAAACAUGUUCUGUACAUUAGUUUGUACAUUAGUUUGGUCUAUUUCACCAGCUCUCUUAUGGAGCUCUGUAAGAAAGAUUUUACCAGCAUAGGCCACUGAGUUUAAGCUGUUUAUUUAAUUUAUUUUUAUUUAUUUACUCAAUUUGCAUACCGCCCUAUACCCGAAGGUGGCUUAAGCUGUUGGUGCUUCUGAUUCCUUGUAGGGAUAGGAGCCCAUUUAGAUUGGUUUGCCUUUGGAAACUGAUGGAGCAAGGUGGUUUCCUUAUAGUUCCACCACUAUACUUUCCAGCCAAAAGGGCUGGCAGUUUUGCUGUGCUCUCUUUGAUCUGUGGAAUGCUGAAGUGGCUCUGUUAACAGACACAAUUGCUACUAUACAUAAUAUUGUAGUGAUCUGACCCUUGGCAUUCUGGGGAGCUUGUGGUGAUGAAACAGUUGCAAAGACAACUUGAAUGCAAGAGGAAGAAGAUGCAGAAUGAAUCUGACUAGACCCAUUUGAAGGCUGAUGGAGAAUAGAAGUCUUCUCUGACACAGUGUCUGCUCAGUGUCAUCCAGUUGAGCCUUUUCCCAGAUAACUGAGUAGGCUCACACAUUUGGAUAACUGGGAGAUGAAUUGGAACUCCUGGUACAGCCCACUGUUAAUUAUUUGCCAAGCAUUUUCCAGGUAAAAAUCAUUGUCUUCUGCUUUGACUUGUACUUCUGGUUGACAACAGUACAAAUACCAGAAGUUCUUCUAGCACCAUUUUGCUGCAAUUGCUUAGCUCAUUUUUAAUUAUUGCAGCCUGAGGGUGACCUAGUGCUUGGAAGGGUUUGACCUACCUUUAGUGUGCUUGACCCUUGGCCACCUUGGCUGAUAACAUCUAGCUGAAGGGGAGCUCAAUACCACCUUGUGAGAGGGGACGGCCCAUGCUGCCUUGAAGGAAGUUGUUGGACAACUCUUCCUAGGACCUUUCAGAUUAUUGGACAUUGGUAAUCUUGGCCAAAGCAUCUAAAAGAGUGCAGAGGCACCACAUUUCAGGACAUUCCUAGAUAACAAUGUUUUUAGGACUGAGACUUCCUUGGUUGUACUGGUUGAUGACAUUUGCCAGAAAGAUAGAGGGAUUGUGACCCUUUUUAUUAUCUUUGAGCUCUCAACAGCUUUCAGUACCAUGGACUGUGUUAUCCUUCUGGAUAGCCUGGCAUGGAUGGGAGUUGGAGAUACUGUGCUCUGGUUGCCACUCCUCUCUCAUGGGUUAGUUGCAGAGGGCAAAGGUGGGGGGAUUUUUGCCCAACAUUUUCACAUCCAUUUUAUUUACAGUUCUACAGAGUUCAUUUUUAUCUCCCAUGCUAUUUAACAUCUACAUGCAAGCAUUGGAAAUGGUCAUACAGAGUUUGCUGAUGACUCCCAACCAUAUUUCUUCUUUUCAUUUACAACAGGCGAAGUGCUAAACAGUGCUAGAGGCAACUAAAACUGAAGCCAAAUUCAGUUAAGAUGGGCAGUGUAAUUGACCAUUGAGAUGAUAUUCAACCUCUAUAGACAGACAUAUAUAGGUUUGCAUAGGGGCUGUGCACAACACACAUUAGUUCAGUGGUGAUGCUGAUUAUGAUAAUCAGCCCUUCCUAAGCAGAUAAGGACAUGAAAAUAGCAAGCUGGAUCCAGCCAAUGGGCCAUCUAGUCCAGCAUCCUCUUCUCACAGUGGCCAACCACAUGCUUGUGGGAAACCAGUGAGCAGAUAAGAGCACAAGAACACUCUCCCUUCCUGUGGUUUCCAACAACUGGUGUUCGGAAGCAUUGCUGUGUCUCCAGCUUUGGAGGUAGAGCAUAGCCAUUGUGGCUAGUAGUUACUGACAGCCCUCUGCUCCAUGAAUUUGUCUAAUCAAAAUGGGUUGUAUACAUACCUUCAUCCAGAUGAGCAGAAAUCUCAACAAACAGCGCCUCCACAUCUAAUCUGCAUUAAACUUCAGCUUGUUUGCCCUCAUUAAUACCAGAUCAGCCUCCAGAUGCAGGUUUUAAAAUAUAUAACCUUUCCAAUAAAAUGUUUAGGGCAGCUCACAACAAACAUUAAAAUACAAUAAACAACAAAUCAAUAACAGCUGCAAAUAGAGGGCAGAGCCAUCAAGUAUGUGGCUCAAAGCCACAGUUUCAUUUGCCAGGAGCAGACCUCCUCCAGCCCCAUGCCGGUGUAGCGUAGUCACUAAGAAACUGAGCCACCAUCUAGGAAGUCCCUGGUGUUCUUGCCUCAGCUAUGAACGCCCUAGGUGGCCUUAGGCAAGCCAUUGUCUCUCAUCCUCAGGCACAUUGGUAAUAUAGGUAUAACACUACUGACCUACCUUACAGGGUUGUUGCAGAAGACAGUGUGUGUGAAGUGCUUUGAAUAGUUGAAAGAGCUAUACAGAUUCUGAGUAUUAUUGUUGUCACCCACACAGAAUCUUCCAGGGAAAGCCCCAUAGAGUCCAAUCUAGCUAAGAGCUCCAUCCAUGUUCAGUACUCUCCACAAAAAGAGUAUUGUAACGGGGGCAGAUUAACAAAGGGAGUACAAUAUAUUAAAGGGUCCAGAUAUGACUCAGAUGGGCUGCUCAUUUCUGCUUCAACAGUGUUUAUGCUGCUUAUGAUGGUGGAUUUCUGCAGAUCACAGUAGACUCUUUUCUCCCUAGAUCUUCCCCAGCACUUCUAUCAGGUUCCGGAGGCUGACCAGCCACUCUGAAAAGCUGUGAAAGCAGAAGCUUAGACUUUUGGCAUUUUGUUUGUUUAGUCCAAGUAUGGACACUGACAAACUGGAACGUGUCCAGAGGAGGGCAACCAAAAUGGUCAAAGGCCUGGAAACGAUGCCUUAUGAGGAAUGGCUAAGGGAGCUGGGCAUGUUUCGCCUGGAGAAGAGGAGGUUAAGGGGUGAUAUGAUAGCCAUGUUCAAAUAUAUAAAAGGAUGUCACAUAGAGGAGGGAGAAAGGUUGUUUUCUGCUGCUCCAGAGAAGCGGACACGGAGCAAUGGAUCCAAACUACAAGAAAGAAGAUUCCACCUAAACAUUAGGAAGAACUUCCUGACAGUAAGAGCUGUUCGACAGUGGAAUUUGCUGCCAAGGAGUGUGGUGGAGUCUCCUUCUUUGGAGGUCUUUAAGCAGAGGCUUGACAACCAUAUGUCAGGAGUGCUCUGAUGGUGUUUCCUGCUUGGCAGGGGGUUGGACUCGAUGGCCCUUGUGGUCUCUUCCAACUCUAUGAUUCUAUGAUUCUAUUCUAUGAUUCUAUGUGGCGAAAAAUGCAUGUGUCCUGCAAGGAAGUGACUUCAGUGUAGAAAAUUCAUCUUAUGUGAAUGCUGUCUGUUUUCAAUAUCCAUUUCCACUCAUGCUUAAAAUGCUUGAUAGGUUUGCUACAGACUUUUCCUACUGCUAAUGAAAUGUAUUUGCAUGCCUCAGUGGGCAAAAUGGCAACAUUCUGCUCCAAACAUGCACACAUUCAGUGUGAAAUAAGCACAGUCAUAAAUAAAAUUAAUACUCAGAUGAUGCCGAGUACAUAAUUGUUUUUAAAUGUGCAGAGUUGUCAUUAGAAACAGUGGCAUUUUUCAUAUAUAUUUUUCCUUUUCACAUUCUGAAUUGCUAUGCAUCAGAGACUGGCUAUACGUUAGUCUGUGGGUAUUAAAUAGGCAGGUAUUAAAUAAAAUGUAACAUUUUCUUUUAUUAUUAAUUUUGUUGUUAUUCCAUCUUCUCCAUCAUUAUAAAAUUCCUUUGAACUAACAACUCGCUGCUAUGGAUUGAUCCUAUGAGGGGCUAAGUUCUCAAGCUUGAUACUAGUAAUGAUAAUAGACUACUUUUUAUGAACUAUGACAUUUUAAGCAGGUUUUAUUAAACUGUUUUAUUAUCACUUACUGUACAUCCCAACAGCUGUGGCAUUGAAGCAAUACAGUGGUACCUCGGGUUACAUACACUUCAGGUUACAGACUCCGCUAACCCAGAAAUAGUACCUCGGGUUAAGAACUUUGCUUCAGGAUGAGAACAGAAAUCGUGCUCUGGCAGCGCAGCGGCAGCAGGAGGCCCCAUUAGCUAAAGUGGUCCUUCAGGUUAAGAACAGUUUCAGGUUAAGAACAGACUUCCAGAACGAAUUAAGUUCUUAACCCGAGGUACCACUGUACUUGAUAAUUUGAACUAACUUAAAUUAAGAACAGACCUCCAGAACAAAUUAAGUUCUUAACCCAAGGUACCACUGUAUUUGAUAAUUUGAACUAACUUAAAUGGUUCUGUGCAUAUAUUUUUUAACUCUUAUGCAGACUCAAACAUAUACUCUCUACGUUGUAGGUGAUCAUGUAUUUAGUAUCACAUCUGCAUAGUAUGCAUGGCAACAAAAUAGUUGUCUGCAUACAUAUGUGUGUGUGCAAUGCCAAUCGGCAUGCAUUUCAGAAAGUAGACAUCCUCAAAGUCCUCUGAAACAUAGUAAUAUGUAUCAUGUAUCAUUACCAUUUUUGCUAAUUUACUGUGAUAACUGUGUCUCUGUUUUCUCUAGGAGAUGAAAGCCGGGAAAUUAAAAAACAAAUUACAGGGAUGAGAAGAUUACUGAAUGACAGCACUGGAAGAAUAUAUCAGCGAGUUGGCAAAGAAGGAGAAAAACUGAAGGAAGAACCCCAGGACUUAGAUUUGGCCUGGGCUCAGCGUCUGAAUCCCCCUGCAGAAACCCAGGCAAACCUCCAUCCAACUCAGAGUGGUACUUGGAAUGAAUUAUCCCCCCAGAUAAGCCACUAUUCAGGGCAAUAUGGAACUCGGUCCAAAACCUUCCAAAACCAAGCACGAACCGUAGGUGCAAAUGGUAGGAUCCACAUUUAUACAUUUAAAUCACUUCUUAUUUGUUUUGUUCUCUUUAAAAAAUGAAUGCUGAGUUACUUGGAUAAAAUAAUUUGGCCAUUAUGUUAGAAACAUAAGAAUCUUCCUUAUACUGGCUCAUCUCGGUAUUGUCUAUCCUGACUGACAGUAACUCUCUGGGGUUCCAGGCAGUGUUCUGUCCCAGCCCUGGCUAGAGGCUCCGGGGAUUGAAUCUGGGACCUUCUGCAUAAAAAGCAGAUACAAAUUCAGAGAAAGUUGUACGAUUGUCAGCUGUAAAAAGUUAAGGUUUUUAUGUUUGGACCCAAAGCUGAUCUUAAACCUCUUUUAAAUGGUUUUUUAGGUACACUGAAAAUGCAUUUUAUAUUAAGGCUACAAACACUAUAUCGUAAUGAUAGAUUAUUCCAUAGGUAGGGAAUCUAUGACCUUCCAGAUGCUGGUGAAUUCCAACUCCUAUCAGCCCCAGACAGCCUGGCCUGGAAUGAUCAAGUCCAGGUUCCCCACCCCUUCUUUAGUUCAUGAAUGGCCAAUCUAUGGCACAAGUAAAGGCAUUUGUGGCACAUAAUUGGGGGCCUGCCUCCUCCAUGCCACACUUCUGCCUGUGUGGUUCAGUGGACUACAGGGGAAAAUAUGAUAGGCACAAGAAGGUGCUUUCAUGUGCAUAGAAUGGCAUGCUCUCAUUGCUGGACUUGGCAUAUGGCUUGCUGGUUACCACCACUGUUUUAGUUGAUUAAUUGGAAGGUGUGUUUUGCUUCUGGCACUUAGUAAUAAUAUUUCCAUUUCAUAACUAGAUAUAGCCUUCUUUUACUUGGUCAAAAUUAAUUUAUAUCAUAGAAAGAAGUUGGCUUGGCUUUGAGGUUUGUAUUGAUUAUUGCAAUUAUAGAUGGGAAAUGUGAAUGUGCACCCACAAAAUCCACCUUACAAAAUUAAUUGUUUUUGACUCUCUUAUUAAUAAUUCUGCUUGCAGUGUUGGUUUGCAUGUAUAUAGACAAAGACAUUGAUGUAUUCAUCACUUGUAAUUGAUGCAAACAUUCAUCACUUGCAUCUAUUAUAUCAUUGUGUGUAUUAAUUUUCAGUUGUGCAGAAGAGGAAACAAUACUGUCCCUUUUAUGUUCAGUUUCAUUUCUGUUAGUGCAUUGGCUCAGAUUAAACACAGGAAGGAUAGUACUACAGCAUAGUACAACUAUUUUUUUUCUUAACUGUAUUAUGUUUGUUUGCUUAGAAAUGUGGAAAAUGCAGUACAGGUAUAGCCCCCACUUACACAGGGGUUACAUCCUGGGGCCUCACGUGCAUAAGUAAAGUGGGGAUACCCUUUAAACACCCUCUUUGCCAAUCUAUACCAAAACUGCUGUAUCCAAAAAUACCCACAACUAGAAUUGAACCUCUGGGACCAGCAGGAGGCUGGAGGACACGUGGGAAAGAGGCUGCUGCUGCUGCUGCUGCUGCACUACCCCACAUAUCAGCUGUUAGGCGGGGAAGCUGAGCAGCAUAAACAAAGCCCUGCUGUGCCUCCAGUCUCUUUGGGGCUUCCUCCGCCCUCACUGACAUCCUCUUUGGGCUCCAGGUAAGGUCUCCUCGCGGGUGGGUUCUCUCUCCCACCAUUUCUGUGCUUGAAUUGAAUUGUUUAAUUGUUUCCCAGCACCGCUUGUGUAUGCGGUUUCAUGCAAGCAGAACACAUGUAAGUGGGGGGCGCCUGUAUUGUGUUUCCAGUCAUAUGGCUGCUUUCUUAAUGUGGUGGAGCAAGAGAAGAGUUCCAUGUGCUGAAAGUGUUUAGGUUUCCAGUUGUUUCUUGUCUUUGUGUGGGAUCCGAUGCAUUCCUUCAGGAUAGCUGGUGCUCUCAUACUGGGACUUGAGUCCAAAAAAGUGGCUAGCACCAGCAAGGCUAUCUUCUCCCGCUGUGGCAGUGACUUGCCAUUUAAUGAGCCUUUUCCUCUGAAGACAGAGAACUGCUCCUCUCCAGCCCUGAGUACACACACUGUACCCAGGAACAGGGGCAAAGAGCAACCCAGUUAUUGUGCAGCUUUCCUCCUUUCCUGGAAAGAGAGAGAGAGAGAGAGAGAGAGAGAGAGAGAGAGAGAGAGAGACAUGCUAUGGUCUUUGAAUUGAGACCUGAGGGGCAGAGUCUGUACAAAGGAUCAAAUGUGUUUGUGGCAUUCUUUAACUGACUGGGCAAGUCCUGUUAUUGGGCAGAAGUGUCUUCACAGGAUAGAGAAGAUAGAGGAAUAGAAGGGAGAUAAUAAAUUUAUUAUUAUUAUUAUUAUUAUUAUUUAUACCCCACCCUCCCCGGCCAAAACCGGGCUCAGCAUGGCUAACAUCAAAUGUAUAGCACGUUAAUGUGGAAAGAAGCAAUUAGCAACAAUGACAAUGAACUGUAAUACAGUAUUUAGCAUUUAUAGAGCUUUGAAUUGUUCAAAGUCUUUCACAUUACAACAGCCUUUGCCAACCAUGUGCCCUCUAGAUGUUUUUAACUACAACUCCCAUCAUCCCCAGCCAGCACACAGACCUGGCUGGGGAUGAUGGGAGUUGUAGUGCAAAGCAGCUGGAGGCACCAGGGUGGCAAAGGCUGCUUUACAAUAAGACCGCAAGGUCCGUGAGGCAAGGUUUGAAGUCAGCAGGCCCUUGUGUCUCCCUGAGUCUGCUUGGUUAUUGAAUUCAUUCCUGAAUUGGCCCUUUGCAUAGACAGAGUCCCUUAAGGCAAAUCAUAUCACUUCCCUUCAGGAGCCAAUAUGUGUUCUAGUGAGUACUACAGGUUAGUGUGCUGUGAAACCUUCCUUGGAGGAUUUUAAGCAGAGGUUGGAUGGCCAUCUAGGAGGGAUGCUUUAGCUGAGAUUCCUGCAUUACAGGGGCUUGGACUAGAUGACCCUUGGAGUCCCUUCCAACUCUACAAUUCUAUGAUUCUGUGCCAAUCUUGAAUGAGGUAUUGCCUACACAACUCAUUACAUGGUAAUAAACAACUGCAAUCCGAGAUCUCUGGGGUUAUUUAUGUAUUUACUUUAUUCUAACAAUUUGUAUACCACUUAAUCACAGUCGUCUCUAAGUGGUGUGAAAUAAGACCAAACGUGAGUUAAAACUAUAUGGCUUUUGCAUAUGUUUCAUCUUCAUACAGAUUUUUAUUUUACUAAGGCUUUUGAUUGUGCCUGUUCUGCCCAGUGGUUGUAAUCUUGAGAAUGGUGCAUCCAACUGGGUCCUGUUGUUGAUAUCAGAACACAUAGAACCACCUAUGUAAGCCAUUCCAUGCAAGGCAGAUGGCAUCUUCUUUAUAAAAAAUAAGCUUAUUACUGACAACUUGACCACCCUUAAUAGCACCAAAAAUCUCCUGCCUCAUGGUGCCCAACAAUAGGACCGGUCCUUGUUCCAGUAAUUUCUAGGCCAGUGUUUCCCAUUGGCCAAUGGCAGGCGGACUGUGGCGCCAGCUGCAUCCCUGGGGUGGAUCGGACUGAGCCGGCCGGCUUCACUCGGUCCGCCUCAUGGGUUUUUAAUGCCAGGGCCUAGUCCACUUCCUCGUUCAGUUUUUAAAAACUGUUCGUACGUGUUUCAUUUGUUGUGGAAUGAAUAAGGUGUCUUAUUUACAACAACAUAUUUCUUUACUAUGUUGUAGGACAUAGGUAGAAAUAUAGAUACAUAAAAGAAUUCAUAUUUCUGUUUGUUCACUUAAAAGAAGGUAGAUUUCCAGAAGGGCACUGAGUAAUUUUGUUUCUUAAAAGGGAGCAGCAGGCCAAAGAAGUUUGAGGAGCCCUGUUCUAGGCUGUGGGCAAUCUGUUUCAUGGAGACGGCUUUUGUUAGUUGAGCCAGAGAAACUGGCAGCUGCUUUUGGCUUCUUUUGUUUUUAAAGGUGCUACUAGGCUUGCUAUGAUAUUUUCCAUAUGAAUAUUGGGAAUACAGUUGUGGUACUCACAUAUUGACUUUUCUGUCUGAAAGGCAUCUGCGAAGAGAGAAAAACAUAGCUUUGAUCUUUCUUUUUUAUUGCUCCUGCUGUUGGGCUGCUGUGCAGGCCAAAAUAAUUCCCCUUGGCUUCCUUCCCUAAUAUAGAGGGAGGAGCAAAGCAAGAGGUGGUUCUUAAGAUUCGUCACUACAAGUAGUCUUCUUAAAAAGUGAGAAAUGAAUUUUUUAAAAAUUGUUAAAUUUAAUAAACAGACAAAAGUGCUUUUAUUCUUUAGGUGAUGCUUUGAACAUUGAAUAAGAACAUUCUGUAAAGUGUUCUGUUUUACUCUUGUUGAUUUGAAGAAAAAUGAUGGAAAUGCUUUUUGGUUUUUUUUUAAAAAUCUCCAUAAAUAUGCAUGAAGUUAGCAGAGCCCUGCUUUUGAUUUGAAAUAUUGGUGGUCUCUUUUUUCCAUUUACUGUACACAGGGUAGAUUUACAUGGGUAAUUUCUAUCAAUGCUAAUGGGAAUUAUAAUGUAAAUCCCCCAUGCCUCAGUAGGAAAACAGACCUUUUGGUUUUCAAAUGGGGCUUCAGUACCUGCAGACCUCAUUAGUAAUGCAUUAUAUUUGUAGCAGAAAAGAUGAGCAUGAAUUUAUUCCAAGGUUUGCUUUGUCAAAAUUUUAUCAUGAUAUUCACCAGAAUAUUAAAAACUUGGAAGAGGAAAGGGACAAAUUCAUAAAAUAAUAUUUAUUUGCUAAGCUUAGUUCUCUAAGACAGACUCAGUUCUCACAGACAGACUCCAUUUUAAAAUAUUCUUUUUAAUAGCUGAAAAAGACAGGUUUUUUUUUCUUAUAGCGUUCUGUUUCAUAGCCCUAAUAAUAUUUGUUUUAUAUUGUUUGAUUAAACCUUGCUGUACAUACAGUUAGGAAAUAUAAAGACUGCUGCAGAAUGAACUGGGAACUAGUAACGUGCAAAGCCAAUGGAAUUAUAGUUCUUGAACAGGAGGCUAUAUACUAAAACAGGCUCAUACAAGUUCAGUGACCUGUUGAGGAUUUGUGGUUAUCCUGGUGUUUUCUCUCUGACAACCUGCAUGUUCAAACAAGGCCUUUUUUUUCAGUCUUGUGGAACUCCUUGCUAGAUAGAUGCAUGCUUAGCUGCAUACUUUUCUUUCCAUUGCCUUGUGAAAGGUAGCUUUGGCUCUGAAGAUCCUUCCUAAGGUAUCUGGGACUAGUUUUGUUUUAUUUAUUUAUCUAUUUGAUUUAUAUACCACCCUUUAUCCAAAGAUCUCAGGACACUGUACAACAUUGAAAACGUAAUUUAUGCAGCAUAAUAAUAACAGUCCCUCAAUUUAACGGGCCAUAAAUUAUUUAAUGGCCAAAUGUUUGGGUAAAGCUGAAUGUUUUCACCUGCCGCCUAAAGACAUAUAAUGAUGGUGCUCAGCGAGCCUCUCUGGGGAGAGCGUUCCACAGACGGGGAGCCACCACAGAAAAGGCCCGUUCUCAUGUUGUCACCUUCCAAACCUCUCAGGGAGAGGGGGCAUAGGAAAGAGCCGGAUGACAAAUGCUUCUUUACUGCUAAAAUAUACAUUUAGGCUGUUUAUGGUUUUUCCAUUCUUUUAUUGUGCAACCCUUUGUGUUAAUGAAAAAGGGCUUUGUUUAUUAAAAUAUUCCUGUGCCACCGUUCAUAUGUAAUAACAAGGGGUGUGCUUUCAGCAUCGAUCAGCUGAUCAGCGCUGAGAGCAAGCCCCUUGGAAGGCCCAUGGCAGGUCUUUGGAGCCACACUGUGCCUGCAAGCAGACUUCAGAGGGGCUUUUGCUCAUUGCUGUCAGCUGUUCAACGCUGAGAGCUUUAACGUGUCCACUGCAGUUGGAAGUUCCCAAUGUGCAGCUCUCUAGGGUAGCCAAUCCCAGACACAUCUUUACUUGCCCCACUCUUGAUGUCACAUAAUGCUGUUAGGUGUGGGGCAGGUGGUGUGGUUUGGGGGGAAACGGCCUCACAGACCUAAGUAGGGCCCCUGCCUGGCAUGAUUAGGUCCCUGCCACUGACCUAUUAUAUUGACCCCAUCAUGGAAACGCUUUCUCCGUAGUCAUUUUACCUGGACCUCAUGUAGCAACUGACAUUAGUUGUGCUGGAAACAUCUGAAAAGACCCUUGUUUUUAAAUACAGAAAUUGAUACCUGAGCCCAGGGUGGCAAGGUCUCCAUUUCUCAGCAGCCAGGAGCCAUGGGAAUGCACAUAGUUUCUGUUUUAAAGGUUCCAGGUUCAAUCCCUGGCAUCUCCAGUUUGGGCUGAAACCCUGGAAAGCCUCUGUCAGUCCGUGUAGCUAGUACUUAACUAGGGAGGCCAAUGGCCUGACUCCGUACAAGGCUGCCUUCUGUGUUCCUGUGCAGGAAGCUUUCAGACUUUAGUUGGGAAGCAGGUUAUAAAUCAAAUAUAAAUUUAGCAGUAUGAAGUGCAGUAGUACAGAGAUAGUUGACAACCUUCAACAGCAAUACUUUAAAAGAAACUGGGAUGUAGGAGUUCACCGUCACAAUGAAAGGGAAAGUUGUGGAUAUUUUCUGCCUUCAUAGAACUUCUCUGUUCAUGGAAAUUGAUGAUGGAGGACUCUGUUCUUUUAAUUUUUAAUACUGUGAAGCAACAAGCGGCGUUCAAUCCAUUUUAGACUUGUUAGUUCUUUAUUAAAUAACUUAUUACACAGCCAUCUCAUUCUUUCUAGGGGUAUUGUCAUAUGGAGGAAGGGCCUUUCUGGGUUGCUCCGUGCAUGAUAGAGCAACUGUUUCUGUAAUGAGGUUCAGUGCUCUUGUUAUCCACCGUGAACUAGUUUGACAAUAAGGAGGCCUGCUGUGAGCUUACAUUGUGCUGGCUGUUUUGUGCAGACUUCACUAUACCAUGGAACGUUAUUUGUGUGGGGAGGGGAAUGACAGAGCACACCCCUGCCGCCGCCGCCGCCACCUCACAGUGGAGAUUUUAAUUUUAGGUUUCAAUUUCCUAACAGCAUGUAUCAGACAGCAUUAAAACCCUGUGAAGACAUUCUUGCCCUGCAUCACUGUUUUAAUUUCCCUUUUUUCUUCAGGAGAAAUUCCGGUGGCUAAUACUUCCUCUGGCUCAAAUUGUUGUACUUGUAAUUGCCAACCAGCAUUGCAAGCCAUUCUUCAGGAGCUUAAAACCAUGAGAAAGAUAAUGCAGAUCCAAGCAGGUAUGAUAGUCUGUCUUUUCAACUAUUAGGUAUAAUUUUCAGUCUGCAGACAGACUGCCUUAUAAGUGCCUUUUCAUGAAAGCAUAGGUCUUAAAGAAAGACUGCUGCCCAGAUGGCAUGGAUCAGGGGUUGCCAACCCAGUGCCUACAGGUACUCUGAACUUUCCUUUUUGAAAAAAGUGAGUCUCUAGCCCUCCUAGAAAGAAACUUAUGGGGCAAAAUGUGCAGGCAACAUCUAAGCGAUUUCCAUGAAAUAAGAGUGUUGUGGCCAAGUUGUAUAUUUUUCCUGGUACAGUACUGAGGAAUGUUCCUGUUGUUAUUAGACAGCAACAGCAACAGGGUGUUGAGUGUGCGUAUGAUCUCAGUGUCAGCAAAACAUAGCUGACUUCCCCUGGUCAGCAUGAUUUUUGCGUUAUGCCAUGUUCCCCAUAGCAGCUUCCCCAGCUGACGGCUCCACAGAGAGUGCUCCGCCCACAGCUGUUGGUUCAAGCAGCUGGUUCUGAUAAGAGGGUGGGAACUGGUCAGGAGUCUGGGCUGUGGUAACUGUCAUCUUUGAUACACAUUUGGAAGUGUACUCACAGGUUUUUCUUUCUUCAGUUGCUGCUCAGAACAGACAACCGCCCCCAGUUCCUCUGGUUUGCACACAGAAAUCAACACUUUCAAGAAAGAGAAAUAAAAAGAAAAAAAUACCUCCAAAGACUAUUGAACCUCUUACUGUGAAUAAAAAGCCCAGCACUGCAGAGAAUGAAAAAAAGCUAUCAGCAAACUCUGAAAGUUCUAGUGUGGAAGCUGCUGAAUCAUCCUCAAAGUUGGAGUCACAGGUUUCAGGAUUUGGCAUUGUCCUCGAAUCUUCAUCUUCAGAUGUAAGUUGACCAGGUGCUGGCAGAACAGACCCUGUUAAGAGUGCAAACCUCAUGUCACAGGUGUUGUCGGUAGUGUAGUAAGUCUUGGAUUAGGCCGUAAUGUCGGUUUCCCGUGGGAUCUUUUCUACAUCUGCAGGUUGCAACAUAAGGGCUGACCAUCCACAUAAUUUAUAUUUUCAGGAAAGAUCUGUAUGCACACACUAUAUCCUAACAAAUCCAUAUGAUUGUCCUGUUCCUGUUUCAUGUUUUGUACUAGUAUGCCCCUGAGGGAAUCAUUCCAAAAACAUUUCUAUUGAGCCUAGCAUUGAAUAGGCCUUGUUCAUUUGUUCACAAGCAUAUUGGGAUGCAUUUAGCCAUGGGACAAUUGAAGGAAUUAUUUUUUGGUUUUGCAGCUGCACUGUACAUGAGUCUGAGGGAAUCUAAGAGUUGGUGCUAAAGUACUAAGAUAAUGAUAUCCCCUCCUCCUCAAGAAAGUGAAGAAAUCAGGGAUGCGGGGAAGGGGCAUGCACGAGUUACAAAAGGCUUCUCAGUUAUCCGCAGAUCUUAAAAACUGACUUCUCAUUCCUCUUUAAUCAGAUUAGCACAGUUGGCAUUAGGAAAAAGUGCACAAGUUAAGUAGCUGCUGUUGUUAUUUAUGCCGUGUCACCAGUGUACGUGCAUAAGGUCAGUGGGCUGAAGGGAGAGAUGAGAUGGGGGGGGAGGAUGGCGAGCAAAUGCAGAGUGUUUACUUGGAUUCAGUUUGAGGGGACAAGUAAGCAAGAGGCUUGCUACAGAAGAUGAGUUUUGUUAGCAUUAUUGCAGUUGCCAAGGUAAAACCAGGGAUGAUGUUAUAGAAUCAAAGCCUCCCAUGGGUUGGCUAAUUUGCUGUAUCUCACAAGGGUCUUUGUGACAAAGAUGGCAAGGGUGAGGACUUUGUAUGAAAUGUAUUCAUUCUCAGUCUGUAGCACUAGAAUAGCUUGUUCUGCCCUACCCCUGCCAUAAGUAAUGCUAGAACAAGUGGAAAGCUAAAGCGAUGUCACUUUUUUCUGUCCGUGUUAAUGGUUAUAAUCUGUUAGUAAGAACUGUCCUGUGGAAGCAACGUCACAAGGCUGUGCAGAACCCUUUUAACAAUAAAGAGAAGUGAGAGAUUUCCUAUUUGCUGACCAGAAGUGCAUUCACUUGUGAGUUGAACUUGUGCAAAUCACUAGUUGCGCCACUGGUGGUUAAUCCUAACCAUAAGACUGAUCUGCCCAAUUUUAUACUCUCUCAAGGCACAAAGAAAGCUUACAUGUGAAGGUAGACUUGAAGUAUCGGGGCUGAAAUUGUAAAUGUCAAAAUCCAGAGCCAGGAUUUCAAAAGGGCACACUUGGCAUUUUCUCCUUUUGAAUUAGAUGUUUGUAGAAUGAAUAUCAGGAGAGCAAGAGGGUGGCUGGUUGGCUUUGUUUGAGCUUCAAAAGUUCACUGAAAAGUUCACUGAUGAGUAAGCUGAUCAUUAAUUUCUUCAACGUACCUUUUUAAUUUUGAGAAGACAGUUUCCAAUUUCCUAAGUACAGCAAGCUCAGAGAACAUAAUUAAAUUCCGUAUCAAUGAUCAUAAAUGAAAGAAAUUCUGUAGAUAAUAUUGUACCUUUCUAGAAGUGCAAACUAAUAAUAAAAAAGAGCAGUCAUGAUAAUUCAGUUACACAGAUGUGAGCUACACCGGUAAUUAGAUUAGUGUGUCAUCCGACAGACUCUGUGUAAUGAUACAUAGCAACUGGUUAAAUGCUUUUCUGUGGUUCUUGUAUGUAAUUAUAAUUACAGCCAGAAAUGACUGUGCAGGGAAAGGAUUGGAAACUUCUCUUUCAGUUUUGUAAGUGAUUUUAUUAUUUUGACCUGUUUUCAGAUUGCCCGUCAGUUUUCCAUGUUUUGAACAUACAGGUUCAAGGUUUGGUUUUUUGUUUGGGGUUUCUAGAGUGGCUACAUUUUUUAAGCAGUGUCUCAUUGCUCAAUGAGUGAAUUCAGGCAGAGUAGUAAUUAAUGCUGGAUUUAUUUAUUUAUUUUUACAGAAUGAUUCAUCAAGCCUUGGGCUAAUUAUUUUAAAAUGUUCAUGUUUUACAUCUUUAACCACAAUAUAAUUAAAAAACAACAACAAAACUUGGAAGUUGCUCUGAAGGGCAUUGGGUGAAUCUUCUAUCUCUGGGGGGAGAGAAUGCCAUUUAGAAAGAGACUGGUGAGAUUUGAGUUCAUAUUCUCACCUAGUCACGACCCUCAUUCUGUAGUCUUUGGCAAUUCACUAUUUUGCAUUGUCCCUUAACGAAAGGUGGGGGGAAAUGAGGUUUUUAUUUAUCUGCAUCUAUGUGGACAGGCACAUUAAGGGCCUGGGAUUCACAGUUGUUGUGGAAGAACAAUGAUCAGUUUGUGAAAGGUACAUAUAAUUUCUAGAGGGUGUUUGUACUUUGUGAUUUUGUUCAAGCCUGGCAAAUUGUUCCACUGGGAUGAAGUCCUUUGUAGGAGUCUCUAUGAUUCUAACUAGCCUUUUUCUUUUUAAAAAAUGUCUCUAGCUCUCAUGUUCAUAGAAGAAAAGUUUGGCAUUUGUGCUAUCACAUAUUCAAAGGACUGAAAACUAAAACCGUGAAUGAAGCUUGCAUUCCUUUGGGCGCUAGCUUGGGAACUGACCUUGGUGAACUCUGGAGGAUUUCUGAGUAUGGGAUUAUGUUUCAGUUCUUUAUACACUUAUAUGAAUCCCCUCUGUCAGUGGGAUUUACAUAAGAGUAAACAUGCAUAGGAUCAGGUUGGAAGCCUGAGUUUACAUCUCUCAUUAAUUUUCAGCUGGGGUGAAUGGAAUGGCUGGACCACUCCACACGGCAACAUUUUGUUGCAGGCUCCACUUGUCCAAUUUAUAUUAAAUACAUGUUAACUGCAUUAUGUGAAUUAGCCACAAUUACAACUCUUGAUAUGUCUAUAGGGUAACCUUCAAAGCUGAAUUAAGUAAUCUUUCCAUUUCAAAUCUUUCAAUUUUAAUGAAAGGGGAAGCCUAUGUAUGCAAAAUAUUAAGUAAUUAUCAUAUAGAAAUUGCUUUUUAGACAAUUGAAUGCCUUUGUAUACAGUGCCUUAGUGAUCCCAAGCCUUAGAAUCCCAAGCCUUAGAAGCCUUGAAAGACAGAUCAAUAUUAUUAUCCCCAUAUCUCAGUUGGCUGGGGAUGUGACAUAGUGAUUUUCUUUAAGGCCACCCAUUGAAACUGUUUGCUGAUUAUUACAAACGGCAGCUUCAUGGUCAAGCUAGUGCAAGGACCCAAUCCCUCAACCUUUAGAUUACCUCUUUUCUCUGUGCACCAGAACAAUCUUUGCAAAAUAUGUAGUUGAGGGUCGCCCUCAACACUUCUGGGGCACACUUUCAGUAGCCUCCUUCAAAUGAAUCAAUAAAGUAAGGUCAUUUCUGAACUACCAGUUUGGGAGAUGCAUAUGCCCCUGGUAGUGAUCUGUGAGAUAAAGUUUGCCAACACUUUCCUACAAUGCCUUAUUGCCAUACGGAAAUGUUAUACUUGAUUAACAUUAUUGACUGCACCUAAGUAAAUGGUGUACUCUGAGAAAACUUCUACUGUUAAGAAAUAAAUUCAUUAAAUAAAAAUUGUGAAUUCCAAGCAUGCCCCUGCAGAAGUGGGUGUCUGGCCUGUUACCCAGAAAGAACAUUUCUAGCAUCUCCUUAACCGCAACUCCCCUGUAGCUGCUGAGGUCCUCUCACAAGUCCCUCAAAACAAAUUAGAGAUGAGCUUGCACUGCAAAAGCCUGCACCUCAUUCCACUUCAUGCAAAUGUCCCUCAGUUCUUUGGAGGACAGCCGUUCCUCAGUUGCUUCCUCCUCUUCCAGCGAGGCCUGCUCCUGCGCAACCUCUGACUGCAGUUCAACCAGCUCCUGGGUGGUCAGCUCGUGGUCGUGCUCCUCCACCAGCUCGCAAACGUCCUCCUCUGUGACCUCCAGGCCCAUGGUCCUCCCCAAGGCAACAAUGUCCUGCACCACUGUCGACUCUGGUGCAUCAGAGUCACUUGGUGCCACACAGUCCGGCCACAGGCUGCGCCAAGCGCAAUUCAAAUUUCUCUGGCUGAUCCCCUUCCAGGCCGUGGUGAUCAUCUUCAAGCAGGUGACGAUGUCGAAGUGGUCCUUCCAGAAUUCCCGCAGGGUGAUGGUGGUGCAAUCAGUCACCUCGAAGCAUCGCCUGAAAAGCUCCUUGGUGUAGAGUUUCUUGAAAUUGGCGAUGACCUGCUGAUCCAUCGGCUGGAGCAGUGGCGUGGUGUUAGGCGGCAGGAACAUGAUGUUGAUGAAGCUGAACUCCUCCAACAAGUCCACCUCAAGGCCUUUAGGAUGAGCAGGAGCAUUGUCCAUCAGAAGCAAAGCCUUCAGCGGCAGGUCGUUGUCCAGCAGGUACUGUUUGACAGCAGGGCCAAAGGCAAGAUUGACCCAGUCCACAAACAGCACACGUGUGACCCAAGCCUUGCUGUUGGAUCGCCACAUGACACUCAGCCGCUCCUUGUCGACCUUGUGUUUCUUGAAGGCCCGUGGGUUCUCCGAGUGGUACACCAGCAGGGGCUUGAUCUUCAGGUCGCCGCUUGUGUUGGCACAGAAGAGCAGGGUCAGACGGUCCUUCAUGGGCUUGUGGCCAGGCAACUUGGCCUCCUCCUGUGUGAUGAAAGUACUUUUGGGCAUCCUCUUCCAAAACAGCCCGGUCUCGUCGCAGUUGAAGACCUGCUGUGGAACGUAGCCCUCCGUCUUCACAACCUCCAGGAACUCCAAGGCAAAGUCUUCAGCCGCAGGAACAUCAGAACUGGCAGCCUCUCCAUGCCUGACCACGCUGUGGAUUCCGGAUCUUGCCUUGAACCAGUCAAACCAGCCUCUGCUUGCCUUGAAGACUUCUGGCUCGGCCGAGGUUCCUGGCUGUUCCCGGAUGAGGUCUGCGUGCAAGGCCUUGGCCUUCUCACAAAUCACGGCCUCAGUCACUGUGUCCCCUGCACGCUGCUUCUCUUCUAUCCAGAUGAGGAGCAACUUCUCGACCUCCUCCAGAACAGCUGGGCGGUUCUUCACGAUCCUGGUGACUCCCUUGGCUGCAUCAGUCGCAAGGAUCUUCUCCCUCAUCUUCAGGAUGGUCCCGAUGGUCGAUGGGUUCCUGCCGUACUCCUGGCGAGGUCCGUCACACGCAUUCCACCGUCGUGCUUCCGGAUGAUCUCCUUCUUCAUCUCCAGCGUCACCUUCUCCUUCUUCCUCUCGCCGGCCUCCGCAGCAGCAGCAGUCUUGUAUCUCCAAAUCUGGGAGAGUUGUGUACAGCUAUAAACCAAAUGAAAAACAACAAAGCCAGUGGACCUGAUGGGAUACCUGACGAAGUCUUCAAAGUGGGUGGAACUGAACUUACACAACAACUUCACAAGCUCAUUGAAAAAAUCUGGGAGAGAGUGGAGAUCCCUGCAGACUUUAGGGAUGCCAAAAUUAUCAAUAUUUUAUUUAAAAAGGUGAUAGAACAGAUUGUGGAAACUAUUGAGGCAUCUGUUUAUUAGCUGUGGCUGGCAAAAUUCUUGCAAGGAUCUUAGCAAACUGCCUCCUAACUAUAUCCGAGGAUACCCUUCCUGAAUCCCAAAAUGGUUUUCGAUCUUCUAGGGGGGAAGUGGAUAUGAUUUUUCACUUCAAGAAAAACGCAGAGAGCAAAACCAUACCACCUGUGGACUGUCCUUCUGAAAAUCGGCUGCCGAAUAAAUUUGUGAACAUUCUUUGGCUCCUCCAUGAUAAUAUGACAGCAACAAUCACGGAUCACAGUGGCUCUCAGAGUGAACCAUUCAUAGUGGGAUCAAGUGUUAAACAGGGUUAUGUUAUUGCCCCAACUAUUAUUACUUUCAUUGCCAUGAUCCUAUGCAUUGUUGAAGGGAAACUCCCCACCAGGGUAGAAAUAUAUUGAACAGAUGGAAAGCUCUCCUAUUUGAGUAGGGUGGAAGCAAAGAGUAAGGUUACCAUAACUUCCAUCGUAGAGCUUCACUAUGCUGAUGACAAUGUAGUGUGUGCACACUCAGGAUGACCUCCAAACCAUCCUAAAUAUAUUGACAGAAGCUGCUCCAACACAAGCACAAAACAACCUCUCCACAGUGCCACAAAUCCAACUUAAUGGUGUAAAUCAUUUUUCUAGGCAGUUAUAUUUCCACAACAGCUGACAUUGAUGUAUCGCCUGAGCUCGCUCUGUGAGUGCAGCUUCCUGAUCGAAGUGUUGAGUGUUUUAGGACCAGGACAUUCACAGGGAAACCAAAACGCUUGUUUACAAAACUACUACCAACUUUACUAUAUGCUUGUGAAACAUGGACCACUUAUAAACACCAUCUCCAACCCCUUGAAAGAUUCCCUCUCUGGAAGAUUUUACAUAUCACUUGGGAAGAUAGCCAAACUAAUGUCAGUGUACUGGAAGAAGCAAAGAUCACCAGUGUCAAAACAACAAUCCUUCAAUAUCAACUUCAUUGGACUGUAUGUUGUUCGGAUGCCUGAUUAUCAUCUUCCAAAGCAACUACUCUAUUCCAAACUUAAAAAUGGAAAGUGAAAUGCUGGUGGACAACAAAAGAGGCUUAAAGACGCUCUUAAGGCAAUUUUUAAAAAUGCACUAUAAGCAUGGAUAAUUGGGGAACACUGGCCUGCAAGCACUCCAGUUGGAGAAUAGCCUUUACCAAAGGUGCCACGGACUUUGAAGAAGCACGAACUUGGGGCAAAAGGGAGAAACGAGCUAAGAGGAAGGCACGUUUGGCAAAAUCCUCACCAUGAUCAACUCCCACCCAGAAACCUAUGUCCCCUCUGUGGAAGGAUGUGUGGAUCCAGAAUUGGCCUCCAGUCAUUUACAGACACACUGUUAGGACUACAUUACUGGAAGACAAUCUUACUUGGCACGAGUGAUCGCCAAAGAAGAAGCACUGGUCUAUCCUCCCUUCCAUCACACUUAUGUGCAAGAAGGCAAUCGUACCAUGGUUCUUCUUUGGGUGUAGUUGAAUUAUGUACCGUAUUUAUCGCCUUAUAGGGCACACCGGCCCAUAGGGCGCACUUAUUUUUGGGGGGGGGGGGAAUAAAUAGGAAAAAAAUUAUCCCCCCCCCCGAGCCCCAAAGAGCAAAGAAGCCAUGACAGCGAGCGGGAUGGAUCCCACUAGCUGUCCUGGCUUCGUUUUUAGCCUCGGGGCUGUCGGUCUGGGAGUGAAGGCGAGGUUGCGCUCAACCUCGCCAUCACUCUCGGAGCUUGUGGGGCUGGGGGCGGGGGAAGCCCGAGCUUCCCCCGUCCCCAGCCCCCAGAACGGGUCCAGGAGUGAUGGCGAGUUUGCGCACCCUUGCCUUCGCUCCCAGAGCUUGCUUGCGGGGCUGGGGGCGGGGGAAGCCCGAGCUUCCCCCGUCCCCAGCCCCCAGAACAGGCUGCUGCCCGCAAGCCUUGCGAGCCCGGCGGGAACGCAGGGCUUGCGGAUAGCUUCCUGUAGCCUGGAGAGCAAGAGGGGUCGGUGCGCACCCACGCCUCUCGGUCUCCAGGCUUCAGCGAAAGCCUGCAUUCGCCCCAUUGGAUGCACACACAUUUCCCCUUCAUUUUUGGAGGGGAAAAAGUGUGUCCUAUAGGGCGAAGAAUGCGGUAGAUUGGAUUCAGCUCCUUAUGUAGAAAAGCAGUAGACCUACCCACCUUCAGAGAAUAUUUCCUAUUGUACCUAUGGCAGGAAUUGCUUAUCUGGGCUUCCCUUCUUCCCAUCAGGAGGCCUACACUUAAAGCGGCAGAAACAUAAGGGUAGAUCUAGUCCAGGAAUGGGCAAGUUGAUUUGGGAGCAGACAACACAUUAUGCUAAUGCAUUUUGGAAAGAAUGUGUCAGUGCUGGGCACUUUAUUUUUAUGUUUUGUUUUCAAGAAAAAGCAGCUAUGCAGGGCCCCAGAUAGACUGGGAACAUGGUGCUCAGGGCAGGGGUUUAAUAGUUUACUUCUCACAACAUUUUCUUGCAGGACAAUGCUUCCCAGCUACCAUGUGCCCUUCAAAACUGUUUUUAUGCAGUAAGUAGCACCUUUAGGGAAAACAGAAGCAGUCGGAGAGAUUUUCAGGAAGAAAGGGGAUGGUAAGGGUUAAACCCAGAUUGUGUUAAAUGUAGAUUGUGACCUGUCUGGCAGCUUUUAAUGAAAAAACAAAAGUGGUCAGUGCUAAGCUGCUUCUAAAGAUUAGACACUUGUUCUGUUUAAGAGAAUUCUCAUUUCUUCCAUGUAAGAAUCACAGAUCAGAAAUUCCAGCCUGAGGGCAUUCCUUAUUAUUAUAAAACUGAAGGUGCAGGCAGGAACCCGGCCCCCUGAGUUCAGCUCCAGCACCUCUCAGGUGGGCACCAUUGCCUUUUUGACAGAACACGGGAGAGGUCCAUGGUGACCUCUGGCAGGGACCUCUUUUUGUAGACUAAUAGCACUGGGUGUAGGCGCAUAUGACCACAUAGAAUCAUAGAGUUGGAAGAGACCACAAGGGCCAUCGAGUCCAACCCCCUGCCAAGCAGGAAACACCAUCAGAGCACUCCUGACAUAUGGUUGUCAAGCCUCUGCUUAAAGACCUCCAAAGAAGGAGACUCCACCACACUCCUUGGCAGCAAAUUCCACUGUCAAACAGCUCUUACUGUCAGGAAGUUCUUCCUAAUGUUUAGGUGGAAUCUUCUUUCUUGUAGUUUGGAUCCAUUGCUCCAUGUCCGCUUCUCUGGAGCAGCAGAAAACAACCUUUCUCCCUCCUCUAUGUGACAUCCUUUUAUAUAUUUGAACAUGGCUAUCAUAUCACCCCUUAACCUCCUCUUCUCCAGGCUAAACAUGCCCAGCUCCCUUAGCCGUUCCUCAUAAGGCAUCGUUUCCAGGCCUUUGACCAUUUUGGUUGCCCUCCUCUGGACACGUUCCAGUUUGUCAGUGUCCUUCUUGAACUGUGGUGCCCAGAACUGGACACAGUACUCCAGGUGAGGUCUGACCAGAGCAGAAUACAGUGGCACUAUUACUUCCCUUGAUCUAGAUGCUAUACUCCUAUUGAUGCAGCCCAGAAUUGCAUUGGCUUUUUAGCUGCCGCGUCACACUGUUGGCUCAUGUCAAGUUUGUGGUCAACCAAGACUCCUAGAUCCUUUUCACAUGUACUGCUCUCAAGCCAGGUGUCCCCCAUCUUGUAUUUGUGCCUCUCAUUUUUUUGCCCAAGUGCAAUACUUUACAUUUCUCCCUGUUAAAAUUCAUCUUGUUUGUUUUGGCCCAGUUCUCUAAUCUGUCAAGGUCGUUUUGAAGUGUGAUCCUGUCCUCUGGGGUGUUAGCCACCCCUCCCAGUUUGGUGUCAUCUGCAAAUUUGAUCAGGAUGCCCUUGAGUCCAUCAUCCAAGUCGUUGAUAAAGAUGUUGAAUAAGACCGCCAAGACAGAACCCUGUGGCACCCCACUAGUCACUCUUCUCCAGGAUGAAGAGGAACCAUUGAUGAGCACCCUUUGGGUUCGGUCAGUCAGCCAGUUACAAAUCCACUGAGUGGUAGCAUAGUCAAGACCGCAUUUUACCAGCUUCUUUACAAAGAAUAUCAUGGGGCACCUUGUCAAAUGCCUUGCUGAAAUCAAGGUAGGCUACAUUCCACUGCGUUCCCUUCAUCUACCAGGCUUGUAAUUCUGUCAAAAACGAGAUCAGGUUAGUCUGACAUGACUUAUUUUUCAGAAAUCCAUGCUGACUAUUGGUGAUCACAGCAUUCCUUUCUAGGUGCUCACAGACUGUUUGCUUAAUGAUCUGCUCCAGAAUCUUCCCUGGUAUUGAUGUCAGACUGACUGGGCGGUAAUUAUUUGGGUCCUCUCUUUUCCCCUUUUUGAAAGUAGGGACAACAUUUGCCCUCCUCCAGUCUGCCGGGACUUCGCCUGUUCUCCAGGAAUUCUCAAAGAUGACUGCCAGUGGUUCUGAGAUCACAUCUGCCAGUUCUUUUAAUACAGUGGUGCCCCUCAAGACGAAUGCCUCGCAAGACAGAAAACCCGCUAGACGAAAGGGUUUUCCGUUUUGGAGGUGCUUCGCAAAACAAAUUUCCUAUGUGCUUGCUUCGCAAGACGAAAAUGUCUUGCGAGUUCCUGCGGGGUUUUUUUCCUCCCCCCCCUUUUUCCCAAGCCGCUAAACCGCUUAUCAGCUGAUCGGCUAAGCCGCUUAUCAGCUGAUCGGCUAAGCCGCUUAACAGCUGAUCGCUAAGCCGCUUAUCAGCUGAUCGUUAACCCGCUUAUCAGCUCAUCGUUAAGCCGCUUAUCAGCUGAUCGUUAAGCCGUUUAACAGCUGAUCGCUAAGCCGCUUAUCAGCUGAUCCGCUAAGCCCGCUAAGCCGCUAAUACUGUAGCGCUAAUCUGCUAAACCGCUAAUGGGCUUGCUUCGCAAGAGGAAAAAACCCGCAAGACGAAGAGACUCGCGGAACGGAUUCUUUUCGUCUUGCGAGGCACCACUGUACUCUUGGAUGCAGUUCAUCUGGCCCUGGAGACUUGAAUACAUCUAAACUAGCCAAGUAUUCUUGUACUAUCUCCUUAGUUAUUCUGGGCUGUGUUUCCUCUGCUGAAUCAUUUGCUCCAAAUUCUUCAGGUCGGGCAUUGUUUUCUUUAUCGGAGAAGACUGAGGCAAAGAAGGCAUUGAGGAGUUCAGCCCUUUCUGUGUCCCCUGUUUGCAUUUCACCAUCUUCUCCUCUGAGUGACCCCACUGUUUCUUUGUUCUUCCUUUUGCUACGAACAUACUCAUAAAAGCCUUUUUUGUUGCUUUUAACCUCUCUAGCAAGCCUGAGUUCAUUCUGUGCCUUAGCUUUUCUGACUUUGUGACUACAAAUAGUCUUCUGGCUAUUUGUUUGAAUUCCUCUUUGGUGGUUUCCCCCCUUUUCCAUUUUUUGUACACAUCCUUUUUUAAUCUUAGUUAAAAGUUCUUUAGAUAGCCACCCUGGCUUCUUUAGGCACCUUCCAUGUUUCCGUCUCAUUGGUAUUGCCUGACGUUGUGCUUUUACUAUCUCCCUCUUAACAAACUCCCAGCCAUCAUGAACUCCCUUUCCUUUUAGUAUUGCUGUCCAUGGGAUCUCACCCAGCACUUCCCUAAGUUUUAUGAAAUCGGCUUUCUUAAAGUCAAGAAAUUGAGUCCUAGUAUGCUUGGCUGCUCCUUUCCGCUGUAUAGUAAACUUCAGAAGAGCAUGAUCACUCACGCCUAAUGAUCCUUCCACUUCUACCCCACUAGCCAGGUCAUCAACAUUGGUUAGGACCAGAUCUAAAAUGGCUGUUCCUCUUGUUGCUUCUCCCACUUUCUGGACAAUGAAGUUGUCUGCAAGGCCAGUGAGGAAUCUGUUUGACCUUAUGCUCUUGGCUGAGUUUGACAUCCAACAAAUAUCCGGGUAAUUGAAGUCCCCCAUUACUACUAUCUCCCUUCUUUUUGCAUGCUUGGCCAUCUGUUCCAGGAAGGCAUCAUCUAUAUCCUCCAUUUGCUCUCCACAUGGUGGCCAAUGCUUUCAUUUUAAAUUAAAGGAAUGUGGGCAUUGCCUGCUGAAAUGCCUAUAUUAUUGGGAACCUGAACAGCCCUCCAUGGCAUGAACAUUCCAAAAGACAUCACUUCCUGUUAUACCUAAAUCUAGAGCUGAUCAAACCCUGGGCUGAGUCUGUAUAGCCAGCUUGUUUGGGACUUGUCUGUUAAUGGCACUAUAUAUAUAUAUUUCUGUUUUUAAAAAACUGUGGUUAGACAAAAUAUGUUAUUGUGUAGGUUUACAUUUUAUAAAUAUUUUAUAAAUACACUCUGCCUUCUCUGGUUCUCAUCAUAUUUGUGAAUUUAACCAUACAAACAAUAUCCCAUAACUAGGUUGUUUGGCUGUCUUGGUGUACAUUUUACCCCAAUACUGGUUUUGGAUUCUUUCAAUGGAGGUUUAUACAACAUGAUUACAUGUUAGAUUUAUUCUAAUUAAUUACUGGAACAACCUGUGCAGAAGUAAUCCCCAGGGAGGAGGCAAGUGGGCGGUGGCCCUGGGUGUAUUUGGGCAUGUGUGUAAAAAUUUCCCAGGAAAUUGAUGGCCCUCCUUUAAGGCUGGAGUGCCCAGGUGGGCUUGGCUACGACUGAACUGGGCUCACUGGUGGCCAGAGGCAAGGAAGACCCAACGGAACACCCCGCCCUAAGUCGUGCCGAGCGAAGCCAGGCAGGAGGGUAGCCGUGAGGCGCCUCAUGUGGCAGCGCUCUACUCCUAAGCCCAGAUCCAGCGGGCAAUAGGGGCAGGGAGAGGAGAGGAGCUUCCACGCUCAAAGCUGGUGGGGGCAGCUCAGAGGGGCUGGCGAACUGAGAUAAUAACACCAUGCUUGCUCCUGCCUCGUUGCUCUGUGCCCUCAAGGAGCUGGCCAGCAAGAACUUCAAGAGGCUGCAGGUGAACGUGCUCCUGGGGGGGGGCAGGUGGGAGAGGAGAGCUGGUGGCAGCAGGGGAGGGCCGGGCAUGCCUGUUCCGUUCUGGGGAGUGACCUCCUUAGACCGGGGCUCUCAGCCAAGUGGCCUUGGCAGGCACCCCAGCUUGGGAACAAGGUGGCACCUGGUGGCCACCUUCCCACAAGCACUGCUGGAGGGAGUUUUGACCUCCAAAGUGGAGGGCGCAGCGGCCUUUUCCCUCGUCCGGAGAUCUCUCUGCUUUUCUGGGCAAAGCGAAGGGCGAGGCUCUGGCCAUCCUCCAUGCUUUCAGAAGCCCAUCCUGGUAUGGUCUUUGGACAGAGGCAUGAGACAAACCCAGGAGCUGCCUCCGGGGCUGGCAGGUGUCUGACACCACCACCACCACUGCUUUUUAGGGUUCACAAUACUUAGCCUGCCCUGGUUGCUGGCAACCUACACUACGUCACUGGUAAGCCCCAGUAUGUUCAGUGGAUAUUAUUCUCAGGUCACUGGGAACUGGGCAUAGGAUUGCCGAAAAAUGCUAUCUACCUUUGUGACUAAAGCACCUGAGUGCCCUACUUCUAAGUAAACGUUCUAUUUGUUUUCCAUGCAAAGCAAAUAAUUUGUAUAGAUUUGGCAAAGGAGUUCUGUUUUAAUCAAUUAAAAUAUUCAGAAAUGCUUGGACUAAAUCUAAUUUGCUGCUUGCUAAUUUUAGCAAAACAAAAGUUUUGGCAAUUCUUUCAUUUGUGUUUAAUCAUGUACACCAUUGCCUUGAUUAUCUUAUGUUAACAAACUCUAUUUGGCUAUAAAUCAUACUUGGAAAUGUCCAUGUGAAGCUCAAUUGGGUACUGAUUGCGUGCAAUUGAAGGAUAAUUUGCUACUGAAGGAAUCUGGAAUAAAUCAGCAUCCCCCCCCCCUCAAAAUAUGUGACUAGGGCACAGACUGAUUCAUUUAUAAAACACACACACAAAUGUACAAAACACAUUAAUUGCAUCUCUAAUUGAGACUAGGGAUUGCCUGUGAAGAGUCCCUGUUAAACAUAUUUCUACCUUUUGCAAUACAGGGAUAUUGGUUUUCUAAUAGGUAGAUCCAGGGUCACUGGAUUUUUCCAUGAUUAUUGUGGUUCUUAUGUAAUAGCCUGGUCACUGGAAACUUGCAAUGAGCAUCGCUUGUUGUUAAUGCACAGCUAAUAUCAAUCAAUUUGAAAGGAAAGAUUUCUCAAGGGAACUCAUACAAAUCAGCCGUGAAGCUGUAAUCCAAACAAAAUGUGGCACACAUUUCAAGAUACCUCUCUACCUUUAUUUUUAAGCGCUGGAAACAACGUGUGGAGACAGCUGCUCUGAGGACAAGAGCAUAUUUUUUCCAACUUUGUGUGACCAAGGGCACUCUGCCGUGUGGCAGUUUUUUUAGUGUGGAAUUUUUUAUUUUGAAAAAUGAAGUUCAUCUGAGGAUAUGAAAUGCAAUCGGAAUAGAUAACCUAGGUUUAGAAUUGUAGAAUUGAAAGGGACCCCCAAGGGUCAUCUAGUGUAACCCUGCGCAAUUCAGGAAUCUCAGCUAAAGCCCCCAAGACAUCUGGCCAUCCAACCUUGACUGUUCAAGGAGACAGUUUCACUGUUGAACAGCUCUUACUGCCAGAAAGUUCUUCCUGAUGUUUAGUCAGGAUCUCCUUCCUUGUAACUUGAAGCUAUUGGUUUGUGUCCUACCCUCCAGAGCAGGAGAAAAACAGCUUGUUCCCUCUUCCAUGUGACAGCCCUUGAAAUAUUUGAAGGUGGCUAUCAUGACCCGGAAGCUGUCUGCGGACAAACGCCGGCUCCCUCGGCCUAUAGAGCGAGAUGAGCGCGCAACCCCAGAGUCAGUCACGACUGGACGUAAUGGUCAGGGGUCCCUUUACCUUCCUUUAUCAUAUUUCAAUUAGUGUUCUCUUUUCCAGACUAAGCAUACCCAUUUCCUUCCAUUGUUCCUCAUAAGGCUUCGUUUCCAGACCCUUGACCAUCUCAGUCUCCCUCCUCUGCAUACCUUCCAGCUUGUCAACAUCUUUCUUAAAUUGUGGUGCUCAGAAUUGGACACAGUAUUCCAGGUGUGGUCUGACCAAGCCAGAAUAGAGUGGUACUAUUACUUUCCUUGAUCUGGACACUAGACUUCUGCUGAGGCAGCCUAGAAUACCAUUAGCUCUUUUUUUUUUUUUUUUGCUGCUGCAUCACACUGUGGACUCAUGUUCAACUUGUGGUCCACUAAGGCGCCUAGAUCCUUUUCACAUGUACUGCUAGUAAGUCCCCCCAUCCUAUAUUUGUGCAUCUGGUUCAUCCUGCCUAAGUGCAGAACCGUAUGUUUGUCCCUACUGAAAUUCAUUUUGUUAGCUUGGGACCAGUUCUAUCUGUUAAGGUCAUCUUGAAUCCUGUUUUUUUCUUUUGCAGCAUUAGCUACCCCUCCCAGUUUGGUGUCAUCUGCAAAUUUGAUGAGCAUCCCCUCAAUUCCUUCAUCCAAGUUGUUUAUAAAGACGUUGAACCCUGCAGCACCCCACUUGCCCCUUUUUUCCAGGAUGACAAGGUUCCGUCAGUCAAUCAGCUACACAUCCACCUAACAGUUACCUCAUUCAACCCACAGUUUACCAGCUUCCUCGCAAGAAUAUAAUGGGGAACUUUGUCAAAAGCCUUACUGAAAUCAAGAUAAACUAUUUCCACAGCAUUUCUCUGAUCCACCAAGCUUGUAAUUCCAACAACAACAAAAAGAAAUGAGAUUUGUCUGGCAUGACUUAUUUUUGAGAAACCCAUGCUGGAUCUUAGUAAUUGCAUCAUCCUUUUCUAAAAAACAUUAUUAUUAUCUAAGUGUACCACACAAGAUUAUUCCAGCUUGCUAAAUUAUAUUUUAGUCUGCUUGUGUUAAACUGCUGUCGCCCACUUAAAGGUCUAAAAAUAUGGCAGGAUGGAUAUUGAAAUAACUCCUUUUGUUUCCAACCAAAUUCUCAAAUGUACAAAAAAUCAUUCCCCCUCAGUUGGUUAAAUUGGCUACUGAUAAAUUGGCUGAGAUUAUUGAAAUAUUUGGCUUUUACAGGGAGAAAUCAUUUAGAGUUAUGUCAGGAGAAUAUGAGAGAGCUAACGGGCUUUAUCUGCACAAGUGAAAUGUUUUCAUUGCUGGCUAUAAAAGGGGGAAAGCACAGCUCGUACUGGAAGAGCUCCACUGUGGCGCGGCAGAAUCAUUGCCUUAAAAUGGUUGCACAUAAUAAGCUAAAAACUGGUUCGUGUCUGUUGCUUGCAAGUCCCCUAACUACUAAAUGAGGGCGGGAGACUGCCUGUGAAGACAAGGAAAGGUCAGUAUGGCUGGGACAGAAAGCUCCCGCAAGACCUUGGUCGAGGAGAAAUUGUAUGCAGUUGACCGGGUUUAACCAGAGGGAACCAGGGGGCUAUUGAAAGGCAUCUGCUGCUAGGAGAGUUAAGGCACUGGGAGUCCAGUAACUGGUUGGCUGGAGACAGAGAAGCAGGAAUACAAGUGGGAAAAGAGUGGAAGCAGAACCCUGAAGGGAACAGUUCUUACAGUUAUAUCCAAAUAAGAUGGGAAUAAUUAUGUCCUUGGCUUAAAGCAGGGUAGUCACCAGCAACAUUUGCCCCCCCCCCCAGCCCUUAUGUUGCCUUUCCAAAGUCGGGUUUGAUGUGGGUUUGAGCAGGAAUUCGGCUUUUACUUAAGAUAUACACCAAUAAAUUAUGUAGGGUUCGGGGCCAUAAGUAGGAAUAGUGAGCAGACCACACUAAAUUGUAAAGACAUUUUUGCUGAAAAAAAGUUUGAUUAAUAAUGCAGGAUUUGCAGCUGUGUGAGAGAAUGGGAAUUGAUAUAUACCAAUAGAUUUUGAGCCCAUUGUUCUGCAUUACAAAAAUAAGCAAAAUCUGAAAAAUGUCAUUCAUUUGUUUAAAGAUAUGGUGUGGGUUUUCUGUAGCCUCAGUAUACUAACUUUGCUAGAUUUGUUUCUUUUUAAACUUAAUUUUAGGAAAAGAAAUGUCACUUGGGUAUUAUAGUGAGGAUUCUAGAAAUAAACAUCAUGGGUUGUAUUCCAUUACAGUAUGUCCCUCAUGGAAGCCUUUUUGCUCCAGCAAAUUCCCCUUUCUCCUACCAACCUCCUUGCCACUUCGUGCUGUUUCAACAGGUCCCCCUAAGCCUCUGGAGCAGUCUUGUGGGGUGGGAUGUGCAAAGAGAUGCAGAGGGAAGGGAAUAUCAGCUAAAGUAACCUUUUGUCCUCCAUUUGCAGAAGCCUCUGCUGGACCACAGGCCUUUCCAUGAGCAGAAAGGGACACGGCUGGAGGCAAUUCACAUCUUUUAUUCAGUUUUUCUUAAAAAAAACAUUUCCCCAGUACUUUGCACGCCCAUGCUUCAUACUGAUUCACAGGCUUUUUUAGAACUUAGGUUAUCACUUUCUAACCUUAUUUUUUUAAAACAAUAACAACAACACUAUUGUGAUAAUAAAACAAAGAAAAAGCCCUAUUGUGAUUUCCUUGACAAAAGGGAUGCUGAUGAGAUCAACUAGCUCACAGGACAUUGUUUCUAAUCAAAGUUCUAUAUAUGGUGCCAAGCACCUGUCAUUCUCACCUUGAGAACUUCCAGGUGGCAAUCUGAUUAGUAUGUGCUAAUAUCUACUUGCUUGCUUAAACUUGUCCACCUUUUCUGCACUUUGAAAAUCUCCAUACGGUCACCAAAGCUUGACUAUUAACUAGCAGCGGAUGCAAAAUGUUGCACUGUAAAGUUGUACAAUGCAGAGUCGAAUAAAUAGAAUCAUUUUGUCUUACUCUGAAAGGUGGCAAUUCAAGAAGUUCUCGUAAGCUGCUGUGGGUAAUUUUAAAAACUGCUAUUCCUAAAUUAAUAAAUUAGAAUGCCACUUUGUAAAACAAUUUACCGUAUUUUUCGCUCUAUAAGACGCACCAGACCAUAAGACGCACCUAGUUUUUGGAGGAGGAAAACAAGAAAAAAAAUAUUCUGAAUCUCAGAAGCCAGAACAGCAAGUGGGAUCGCUGUGCAGCCUCUUGCUGUUCUGGCUUCUGGGAUAGCUGUACAGCCUGCAAUCGCUCCAUAAGACGCACACACAUUUCCCCUUACUUUUUAGGAGGGAAAAAGUGAGUCUUAUAGAGCAAAAAAUACGGUACUUGUGUUCACUGAUAAAAACUGAUUCCAGAAUCAGAUCUUGCCCUAGUGCCAGUUAUUGCAAGUUCUUAAGCUGAAUUUUAAGUAAUUUCGUUGUCCCCGAAGGGGGCAAUGACAAUAAAGAUAUUAUUAUUAUUAUUAUUAUUAUUAUUAUUAUUACAGUUGGGAGUCAAAGAUAAAUAGAAGGGCUUUUUCAUGCAACAUGUCAUCAAUAUAUGACAUAAGGUGUGAUGAAAGGCACAAGCUGAAAUAGCUUUGAAGGGGGAUUCACCAAAUAAACAGAGGAUAAGUUGAUCAAUGACUGUUAGUCAUAAUAUUUAAAUGAAGCCUUCAUAUCCUGCUCUUGAAGUUCCCAGAGGCAAGUGGCAUGCAGCUUUUGGACGAAAUAGGUGUUGAGCAACAAAUAAAUAUUUUUGUUCUUAUACUCUGACUUUUGUUUCCUUAUAUUACUUGCUUAGAUUUCAAGUAAUGUGAUCACAACAGUUUAUUAUGGUGGGAUUAAACAUUUAACAGUGAGUGCAGGAUUGUAGCCAUAGUAAUUUUAGUUCAAAUUCCUAAUGGGCAGUAUCCAAUUAUUCAAAGCUGCUGCUGUACUGAAUAAAUAUUUCAUAAUUGCAGUUGCCAGCAUUAAAUUAAUUAACAUCCAGGUAACUAGCUCCUUGGGAUUUCCCCCUGUUCUAGUAAUUAUAAUUUCGUAAAGAUAAUGGACAGAGCAGGUUCUGAUGUGCAUUUUGUUAUACUCAGUUGAUAAUUUUGAUUUCAAUGUCUGUUUUAUUUCAGUGUCUAUUCUGGUGUCAUAAAAGUCUAGUAUGUGUGUUGAUGUGAACAUGUUUUCCUUGGAUGUCAUUUGUUGACAAAAUAAUUAUGAAAGAGGUGCUAAUAAAGCAUUGAUAUUCUUUUGGUAGCCAGAAGUGCAACUUGCUGAAGGCUUUGACGUCUUUAUGCCGAAAUCACAACUGGACUCUAUAUUAGCAAAUUACACUCGUUCAGGAAGUCUGCUGUUUCGAAAGCUGGUGUGUGCAUUUUUUGAUGACAAGACCUUGGCCAACUCUUUACCCAAUGGCAAGAGGAAAAGAGGUCUCAAUGACAACCGAAAAGGACUAGACCAAAAUAUUGUGGGUGCAAUAAAAGGUAUUGUUCUCUUUUUAAUAUAUGUGCUUUUAUAAUAUAAUCUAGUGGUUAUGCUGUAUCACGUUUUGGGAGUUGCUAAAAACAUUAGUGAUCUUUACAAAUUUCUCAAGCUCAUCUGCAAGCCUGCCUUGGCUAUGUGUUCCUGAUAUCUGAUCUGAAUCAACAACCUUUUGCAUGGUCAAACUGUUCCGGGACUACAUCAUUUCAGAUUGUAGAUUGAGGAAUAAAGAUUUGCACACGUAUCACUACUGACAUUUAAGACUUGUUCCCUCGUUAACACUGAACACAUCUCCAAACUGGUAGUACAAGGCAUGUGCAAGGGCUUGUGUGAAAGACUGUACACUUGCUGAUUUGUGCAUCUCAACUAUUGUGUACAUGAGUACAUGGACUGCACAUUCAUUGAAUGUUACAUGUGAAAAAUGUUACAAAUGUACAGCUCAAUUGUUGGUCAGGAUGCUUUUUUUGAAAUGGGGGAAUCAUUCAGACAUGGUGUUUCCAACCUACAGUUUAAAAUAGUUCAGUGUAUAUUUUACUGCACAACAAGAUGCUUGUUUUCACUGGGCCUCGGUGUUAACUGAACCUUUUUUUUUUAAAAAAAAUAUUUUUUAUUAGUUUUCAAUACAAUAUACAUAUAAUACCAUAUCAAAAGUUUAUCACAAAUUAUCUCUUAUGGACUUCCUUCAGCUUAUCUGCCAGUCAUCCGUAAUUAAUUUUUAGUUACACAUUUCCUAAAUUUAAUACUGCCUUUUUAUAUACCUUCCCAAUCUUAUUUUCUUUUUUACAAUACUCCUCAAACUUUCACAGAGCUUCUUGAAAUCCCACGAGCGUUGUUUGCUCAUCACAUAUAUUUUUCAGAUACUCUACAAAUUUUCCCCAGUCCUCAAUGAACUUAUGGUCUCGUUGAUAUCUAAUCUUCCCAGUUAGUUUAUCCAGUUCUGCAUAGUCCAUCAUUUUCAUUCUCCAUUCUUCCAGGGUUGGUAAUUCCUCCUGUUUCCAUCUUUGGGCCAUUAAUAUUCUUGCCGCUGUAACUGCAUAUUGGAAAAGUUUACAAUCUUUUCUAUUUUUUUCAUUUCCUACUAUUCCUAACAGAAAAGCUUCUGGUUUCUUUACAAAUGUAUAUUUCAACAUCUUUUUCAGUUCAUUAUAUAUCAUCUCCCAGAAACCUUUCAGCUUCUUACAUUCCCACCACAUAUGGUAAAAUGUCCCUUCUUUUUCUUUACAUUUCCAACACUUAUUACAAGUUUUAUACAUUUUCGCUAAUUUGACCGGUGUAAUAUACCAUCUAUAUAUCAUUUUCAUAACAUUUUCCUUUAAUGCAGUACAUGCUGUAAAUUUUAUAUUUUCCUUCCAUACUUUUGCCCAAUCAUCUAGUUGUGUAUUAUAUCCAAAGUCUCUAGCCCAAUGUAUCAUAACCGACUUGACUUCCUCAUCCUUCGUAUGCCAUUCCAACAACAUUUUGUACAUUUUUGAUAAAAUUUUACAAUCAUUAUUUAUUAUUUCUAUUUGAAAUUUUGAAUCUUUUUCAACAUAUCCAUUCUCUCUAAAAUCCUUUUUAAACAUUUCAUUUACUUGAAAAUAAUGCAACCAAUCAUAUACAUACUUUUUUACUUGUUCAUAAGGUUUCAUUUUCCAUUUUCCUCCUUCUUUUGCUAUCAACUCACCAUAUGUAAUCCAAUUCCUUCUCAUAUUGAUUUUCUUUACACUCAUAACCUCUAACGGAGAUAACCAGUGUGGGACUUUUGGUUCUAAUAGGUUUUUAUACCUAUCCCAUAUUUCAAUUAAAGAUCUCCAGAAGAUGUGGUUCUCAAAACCUUUAUGAUUUUUCUUCUGCUCACACCAUAAAUAGGCGUGCCAUCCAAAUCUGUUAUCGAACCCUUCCAAAUCUAACAAUUCUGUGUUUUCUAAUUUUAUCCACUCUUUCAACCGACAAAGACAUGAUGCUUCAUAAUAUAGUUUGAAACUUGAAAUUAACUGAACCUUUUUGAUGUGGUGCUUACAGAUCAGCAUUGAAGAAAGCUCAUUAUGCAACUGCGUAUGACAAUCUUCUUUUGUGAGAAAUGAAAUUAUUAAAUAUAAUAAUUAUCAUAAAGAUAGGGAUGGUAAGAUGCUAUUGAGGGUCAAGAGGGUCAAUGAAAUAAAAUAUUGGUUUUAAAUGUAGAUAUUGGGAAGCACGCCAUGCAUUUUUAAGAGUUGUAUUCUCUGGCCCCCAUUUCUUUGAAAUUUCCAACUACAAAUUAAUUAUUUCACCUACAACAUUCUUAGUGCAUUGGGAUGCAGCGGUGAUGUUGCUGCAAGAUUUUAUGUUAACAGCUUAAAAUGUUUCUUUUGAUUGAGUGGUGCAUACAUUUUGAUAAAUAAAAAAAUAAACAAGAUACCCUAGCCAAACACGUUGCUGGCUAUAAUAGCUCUGCGUGGAAUGGAAAGCUAGAGGGAGGUUUGCUGGUUCACAUUCUGGAGCCAAAUGUAUGUCUUCCUCUGUCUGGGGCCAUUCCUACAAACAGCUAUGGAGUCAGGCACCCAUCCCUUGCCAUGCAGGUGGGACAAGCAAGCCCAGUUUGGUUUGUAUAGCAGGGGUUGUGGCUGCUGCUUUCCUUGUUCAGAGAGGCGGAUAAAAAAAUUAGGAACUAGGAUGUGUGCUGAUUGAACACAAUCUCCCGGCAACUAUACUUAUGUGUGAGUCCAAAUCUAACUGGAGUCCCACGCCACAUCAUAUUUAGCCUAGUUAUUAAUCUGACAUUAGCUGUUGCUUUUGACUUGUAAGACAGAACUUGAAAUGAGCACUGAAAAUGGGGAGGCAGCUUGCCUAUAUGCUGCCAGUCAGGCAAACUGCCUUCAUUUGUUUGUAUUGUGUUUUAUCCUGCACACUUAAGCAUAGCCAUUUUAAUCUGGUGGUAUCAAUAUGGGUCCGUUUAGUUUCAGGGGCUUUGUCAGCACCAGCCUGCUACUUCAGAAAUCUGAAGUCUAUGGCUCACCAGUUGUUCCUGGACUACGUCUAUUGUUCCCAGAUCAUUGGUCUUACUGGUUGAAACUGAUCAAAGGUGGAGUUCAGCAGCGUCUGUAGUGCCAUAAGUUCCCCAUCAAUGCCCUACCCUAAGGCAGUUCUCAAAUACUGAUCAUUUUCAGUUACAACCAGCAGCUGAUAGUAUCUAGAGUGGUAGUGCUAGGCACUGUUUAUAAUAAGAGGGCUCUCUUUAUAUUGUCUUUAUGGUGUCACACAAGGGAUACUGCAUUGAGGACUUUGAUAUGCUGGAUGGGGGUUCCUCUCCCAGAAGCAAACACAAGGGAUGGCACCCUGUGGAACUUAACUCUGCCUGGCUCCAUUUGCACGUUCUGCCUUCCAAGAGCUGUUCUGCUGGAUACUAUGGGCCCAUUUAUCCCUUGUGGUGGCUCAGCCAGUGUAAGAUCGCACUAAGAAUGAAAAGAUGUUCUUUGCAUCAUUGCCACUGGGUUCCUCUGUCGCCCUUUCAGAUGUUCUGUAAUCAAUACUUUUGGCUCUGCUCAACAAAUCAGUUAAGCGUGUAAAGAAAAAUGUUUACUCUGCUGAGGUAGUUUUAUAUCAAUGAUGGUUGUUCUCUCGCACUUUAGAAAUGUGCACUGUUAAGCAAAGAAAAAUUCUGAGUAUUUUUUCCUCCUUUACAUCUGGUAUGUUUAAUAGUAGAGUGAUGGCCAUCAAAGGAUGAGAAUGUUUACAGAAAUGAAGCCUUAAAGAUGGGCUUGUAGCAGAGCGUGUGGUUUGGGUACUUUUCCAAGCUGGCUUUGCUAUACAUUUCCCCCCAUAGCCCCUGUCUUUGUCUGCCUGGACUGUUGCCUCUGUUCACUGCCUCACCUUUACCUGGCUCUCAGGUCUUUUGCUUAUUCAGUCCUGGAAAGCUUUAGCCCAGCUUUCCCCAACUUGCCUGCCCCCCAAAUAUAUUUUGAGCUACAACUGCAGUGGGGAACCUCCAGCCCACAGGCCUCUUUAGACCCACCAGGCCUCCCCAUUUGUUUGUGGGUUUUUUGUGGUUUUUUGGCCCAUUUGGCCCAUGAGACGGUUUUGGCCAAGCCACACCCACUUGACCUAUAAUGGGAUGGAUAAACAUGUGGCUGAUCCAACAGGGGCUUUGCAGGUAGCACUAAUCAGCUGAUUGGUGGCACCUGUGAAGUGUUGUGCACAGUGACUUCAGGACAGAGGUCCCUCAUCAACAGGACUUGGUAGCCUGGUAUUUGUGAAGCCCACAGUGCAAAAGCCCCAUGCCCCUGGCUUCACAAGGUCUGACUGUCAGCCGAUUGUUGGGCCCCUAGUCACACUUCAGUUGUGGAUGUGUGGUGGCACUUUUGAAUGGGAGCGAAUAUCAGCUUUCAUCCCUGGUAGCCCCCCGCCCCCAUCUUAAGUUGCCCAAAAUGCAAUGUUGCCUAUCAAUGAAAGCUAUAGAUUUCCUAACUGAAGUAUAGGUACAGAUCUAUGAAAUCAAUGGAUUUCAUAGCUCUACAGGCCAGAGUGUUACAUUUUGGGAAUAUUAAAUGAAGAUUGGCCAUCACAGAUCAGAGCUGAUCUUUGCUCCUGUUCAAAAGCAGCACUGCUGCCUGUCCCUGAAACGCAUCCAGGGGUCUGGUGGAGAGGGCAGGGAAGGACCCUUCUAAGACCCUGCGGUCCUUGGCUGCUGCCCAGCCUGGCUGACCACUGGGGUGAGUCCUGGCUGUUUUAGCUCAUCGUUGGGGCCAUGUCAGAGGCCUGCAUGGCUCCAUUUUUUGCUCUAUUUCUUGUAUAUUUCUUGUAUAUACUCUGUUUCUUUAAUCAGGAAGUACAGUGGAGGAAUUGAGGUUGGCUGCAUGAAACAUGCAAGUAGGGCAGCGAAAGGAGCUGACUGGUCAUUCAUCCUCCAUUCAAAGCUGCCUCUGUUGUAUGAUGGAGCACCUGAGGCAGUCUCUCAGGUUAAAGGUCACCAGUUCCCCAACAACACUGAAAUAUUUCCUGUUUUUCUUUACUUCCUCAUACUCCCACUCCUGACCAUUCUGGUUAAACAGCCCGAGAGCAAUAAGGCAUAUAAAUAGUGAACUCAGACAGUCAUUUAAAAUGUUAUUAUAAAGAUACCUGAUUAUAUAUUUGGAAUCUUUCACAGAAAAUUAAGACAGAUGAUCUAUACCUCCUUUUUCCCUUUUGUAAUUAAAAAAAAAUACUUUUUAAAAAAUGAUGUGCCAAGAUUUUGUUUCAUGAGGAAGCAGUGUUGUCAAAUAUAUGCUCAUAAAAAGCACUGAUGUGUAGAUGAAAUGUAGCUUGAAAUGUGCACGAAAGGUUUACCCUUGUUAAUUCUGUUUUAUAAAAUCAAAGCCACAUGUUGGUCAUAUUUGCAUGUAAUGCUGAACAGUGGUUUAGUGGUACAGGGUUGAGCUGGAAGGAGCCCAAGCAAAAGCAUCUGCCUCACAUGCUGCCCUAUCCAUUUCCCACCGCAGCCAGAAAGAGGGCUUCUGCUGGGUUUAGUUUCACUUUUAUGGAAUCCUGGCUUAGUAUUGCAUGUGAACCAGAGAGCCUAGCUUGGCAUUACAUUCAAGCCAUGGGUUAUAAAGCUAGCUUGUUUAAAUAAUAUGUUUGUCAUGAACCAUGAUCUCUGGUUCACGACAGAAUGAAAUAAUUUUUUUCAGAAGUCUUCUUCCUGACUGCAUGGUGAGAGUAAGUGUGGGGAGAGGUGUGUAAGCCCAACGCUUUGUUUUGGCUUCUUCCACUUCAUCUGAGUAACAUUUUAUGUGUAUGUUGCCACUGUGUUUUCAGAUUUCAUAGUUUCGUGUGUCACUUUGUUCCGGAGAUUCCAAGGCAAUGUUUUGUGGUGUUCUCUUUAAAUGUCUGGAGACUGAUCUUUCUAGUGAAUAUUUCUGGAAUGUCAGUGCCAUCUUCUGCUAAUGUUUUUCAACAUGGUAAACAUUCGCAGAGUGCUUAGCUUACCGGAUCUUCCCUAAUAUAUGCAAAAUCUCUUGGCUAUUUGAGUGCUUUCAAACAGCUACAGUCCAAGCUUACAUUGCAAGUUAGUUUGUUUGAAGGUCUCCCAUGUUGGUAUCUUCCUGCACUUGGAAAAUUGUUUGGGAAGAAUACAUUUACAUGCUGACUUUGCUCAGUCAUGGAGAUUUUAAGUUACAAAAAUGUAAACAUCCAGUUCUCACAUUUUAUAUAAAAUGUAGAAUGUUGUUGUGAGUUUGCUUUUCUUGUGUCUGGUUACUUAAACCUUGGCUUGCAGUUUUCCAUCUUUUUCAACCUUUUGGUAAAGAGAUUAUUUGUACCUUCUGUUUUUAGUGUUCACAGAAAAAUACUGCACUGCAAACCAUGUGGAUAAACUACCUGGCCCAAGAGACUGGGUACAGAUUCUUCAGGAUCAAAUCAAACUGGCAAGAAGACGGUUAAAAAGAGGCUCAGGUAAGGGAGGGUAAGAGGUAGAAAGCAAACUGAAUGCAGAUAGCAAGGUGGCAAGACAAACAGUAUGACAGUGAGCAGCCUGAACCCAGCCUUAAGAAUUACUGAGGAAGGACACUGCUCCUAAGGGCUGAUUCAGGCCUAUGUACAUUUCUUAGUCUUGUCACUCAACUAGUCAUUAUGACUCAGAGUUGAAUAUCUGAAUCACCUCCAUUGAAAUGUUUUGUGUCUUACGAUGGCGUGAAAGCUGUUUGUGGAGUUUGAUCUGUGGCUGUUUUCACACAUGCAAGCCAGCGCUUGAUGAUUCACUGAGACAACUGGUGUUACUCCUCACCUGUCUUGGUGUAUCCUUUUUUUAACUGUUGCAUUAGAGUGAUUAUUCCAAAGGUUCAGCUGAAAUAGAGCCAUGGUUCUCUUUAAGCAUGUUCUAGCUACUGUAAGGCAGGAUAGGGGAGGCACCUGUUUCUCCUUCCUCAGCUUUAUUUUUGUGUGUCAGCUUUAUGGGCUUGACAUCCUCCAACUUGUUCUGGUUGGUGAAGAACUGGUGGCACAGGUUCCUCGUUUUCACUGCUUUUAUAUUUCCUUGAGCUACUCCAUCACUUUCAAUGGAUCUGUGAGUUGAUGUGGUUAGAAUUUAAGCCCCAUUCAUUCAUUACUUGUGUUUGGAACACACAUGGUUUCAAGCCAGAACAUUGCUAUGCUAGCUGCACCCUCCAACCAUAUGUUGCCAUCUGAAAGGGAACCCCAGAUCAUAAUUAGCUGCUUGAACACACCAGCAGCACGUAAUGAGAACACCAAAGGGCAGUGAUAGCUUGGCAAGAUGACACCAGGGCAAGGAACAAGGCCCCGCUCCAGCUUGAAACCAUGAGUGCCUUACGUGCAUGUAACAUGAGGGCUAUAGAAUCCUCUGGGUGAUCAAGACCUAUUUCACCAUUUGCUCUGUGCGUGAUCCCAGAAAUCAACUUCUAACUGCAACAUUUACUCAAACGAUCUUGUGACUUUUUGAGGUGAAAAUAAUCUGCCAUAAAACUUGACAUUUAACAUCAACUGUAUAACUUCUGUUUUGUGUUAAACAUCACAGUCAAAGUUUUCAUUACUGCUGCACCAUUAAAAAAACAAAACCAGACCUCUACUUUAAUAUCCCAAGGGAGUGGGGCUCAUGGUUCUUGCACAUAUAUGCAGAUCAGAAUAUUACCUAAGUCCAUGGUACUCAGUGAGUAUAAUGUGAAUGCUGAACACUCCUUUGGUAAGAAUCACAAAAAGUAUUUUUAUAUAACACGGUAUCCACUGAGAAUAUAGGUUUUAAAUUUUUUUAAAGUUUUGCUUUCAUUCUUAAAAAUACCCAAAGAGGCACACAAUAUUUAAAAAGUACCAAUAACAGAUGGGCGGGGUAUAAAUAAUAUUUUUAUUAUUAUUAUAUUAAGUACAAUAAUGCAAUAAUAAUCACUGCCCAAUAUUACUUCUCCAUGAAACAACCUAAAACCAUAAAAAUAAAGCAACAUUGAUUUAUGGUCCCUUUCCCAACCUAAAGUGGACAUUAAUGUACACUGCUUUUUGAGCAUAUGAAAUUGUCUGAUACAAAGUCAGUUCAUUAGCCUGUGUAGCCCAGUAUUGUUCUCUGUGACUGAAAGUGGCUGUCCCAGGGCUCAGGUAGAGAGCUCCUUCUAACGUCUGCUCCCCAGGACCAAUUUAACUCUAGGGACCAGGGAUUGAACUUCUGUAUGCAAGGCUCUGCCCUUGAGUGUAGUCCUUCAGUCAGUUUAGUGUUGGGAGCACUCAUUUUGCUUGAUGGGAAGUUCAGUGAAACUCUGGCACAAUUGCUGUUGGCCUAAAAAGAUGUGAUUGCUUCCAAUGUAAAAAAUGCGAGAUGUGUUUAAAUGCUGCUUAGGUGGAGACAGAAUUUCAUCCUUGUGGGUAUAGAGCUAACCUGCAUAAGGCAGACAAUACAGCAAAAAUCUUUAUAUGUAUAUGAAGCAAUAUGACUAUCAACCAUGGGACUUGCAAAGCUAUUCAUGUAGUAUAUGGAGUUGGCCCUGUGAGAGCUUUGGAGCAAACUAUCACAUUUGGCAUUAUUUAUACCUUCUUUUCAGAGAACUGGAUAUUCAUCAGUCACCUUCUGAAGAGAACUGGUUAUUGUCUUAUGGAGCAGCUCUUCCUUUGAAUUCCCUAAGUUCUUAAAAUGCUUCUAAUUUGUAGGGGUUUUGAUGCGUUCAUGUAGUACACUUGCCUGUUUUCCAUACCACUUUUCCCAUUUAAUUGUAUUACUACUGUUUUACUUAAUUCUAAUUGUAUGUAUUAUGGAGAAAUAAUAUAUUUUAUGUAUUAUCUUUAUUUAGUAGAGACAACCGACUGUGAUGAGAAACUGGACCUUUCUCUACUACAAACAGGUAAAAAAGCUGUUGGUUAAUAAAAACAAAUUGGCCAUUUGUUUGCUUAUAGUCUCAUUAGAAUUGGGCUGUCUGGAAUAACCUUGCACAAUAUAACAUCUCUUACCUAAACUUACAUUUUCCUUUGUCACUAGAUAUGCCUCACAUUUUCUUACUCUCUGUCUCCACUGCCUGUUCCGUAGUGCUAGGAGUGGAGGUUAUUCCAUGUUGAAGUGCUCCUCCACUGGAGGCAGGGGACUGAACAUAAAACACUACAAUUCAGGAAGGCCAGACAACACCCUUCUCCCUGACAUCAUUGUGCCUGUGCCCAAGGAGUCCUUCAUUACAGAGAAGCAUUUAAAAUGUAACCUUAUAACAGCCAGAAGUCUAGGGAAAGCUUUCGUAUUCAGUAACUACUGAAUAUAUAAAUCUGUCCUCAGAUCACAGAGAUUAUAAAGAUCUCUUCACUCUUGCUCCCCACACCCAAUCAAGCAAUCAAGGCAAUUUAUGUAAGAAGACAUGAUAAUCAAUUUCCUUAACGAAGUCUUUAUAUGUCAGCUUUUAAUUGCUCUAGUAAUUUUAUUUAGUAUUUUACUGGUGCCCAUUUCAUCUCAUGCAAUUUCUUAGUGCUGCUAAUUUUUCUACUAUCAAAAGUUCGUAAGUGAGACACAAAGAGGCAGUCACAUUAGUAGAAAUCUUAUUUCUUUGGUCUCCUUUCUGCAAAAUGUGCAUAAGGAGAAAAAUCAGUUAAUAUUAGCCAUAAAAACAUAGAAGCUUACUUAAAAUGCCUGCUAAAAUUAAAUCUAAACCACACACCUGAAGUUCAGUGGGGAGGGGGCCUGUUUGAUCACCUCCAAGAAGGUGUUCCACAGAACGGGGGCCCCAGCACCACAUGCAUGGGUUCUGGUGUAUACGGGCUGUGCAUCAGAGCCAUGGGGGACUACUAACAGCAACUCCCCUAGAGACCUCAGUGGUUCUUUAGGUAUCCUAAACCCAAGUUGUUAAGGAUCUUGUGAGUUAACACAAGAACCUUGAACUUGGCUUGUUAGCCUCUGAGUAGCCAGUGCAAGCUUUUAAGCACUGAAACUUUGUGCUGGUGGUUGUCUGUUCCUACCAACAGUGUAGCCAUAGCAUUUACACCAGCUGGAGCGUCUAGACCAGGGAAGCCCUACAUGGAGCACACUGCAAUAACUGAGUCUGGAAGUUCAUAAUGGAAUUACCAUGGCCAGGCUUUGCCUGUCAAAGAUUAUGUCUGUAGCUGGUUAUGGGCCCUCUACCUGAGCCUUCAGUGAAAAAGAUGGAUCCAGAAGCACUCGCAAACUCUGAAAGCGCGCUUUCAGAAGGAGUGCAGCCCCAUCCAGAACAUGCAACUGACCAAUCCACUUACCUGCCAUUCCUCCAUCUUCCCAGGGUUCAACAUUGGGUUAUUAGCCCUCCUCCAGUCCAUCACUAGGACAGUGGUUAGGAUUAUACAUAGCCUCUUCUGACUCAGAUGUUAUGGCAAUCAUAGAAUGGUAGAGUUGGAAGGGUCCCCAAGGGUCAUCUAGUCCAACCUUCUGCAAUGCAGGAAUCUCAGCUAAAGCAUCCAUGACACAGAUGACCAUCCAACUUCUGCUUUAAAACCCCUAAGAAGGAGAGUCCACCACCUCUUGUGGGAUUUGUUCCACUGCCAAACAGCUCUUACUGUCAGAUAGUUUUUCUGAACGUUGAGUUGGAAUCUCCUGCCUUGUAACCUGAAGCCAUUGGUUUGAGUCCUACCCUCCAGAGCAGGAGAAAACAAGCUUGUUCCCUCUUCCAUGUGACAGCCCUCGAGACAUUUGAAGAUGGCUAUCAUAUCUCCUCUCAGUCUCCUCUUUUCCAAACUAAACUGACCCAGUUCUCUCAACCUAUUUGUCCCUACUGAAAUUUGUUUUGUUCAUUUGACCCCGUUCCCCAAUCUCUUAGUCAUCUUGAAUCCCAGUUCUGGCUUCAGCAACAUUGGCUACCACUCCCAGCGCACAGACGACACACUGCCCUCAUACGCCAAAUGGCCACACUCAGUGGCUUCAUUUCAGAGUUGAAGAGCAUUGGGGACAAUAUUGUGCCAUGCAAUCUCCCAAUAUUGUUAUCUGGACAUGACUCUCCAGGAUGUGUGUGUGUGGGGGGGGUUAUCAUUUGUGCUAUAUUCUGUAAGCCGCCCAGAGUGGCUAGGGAAACCCAGCCAGAUGGGAGGGAUAUAAAUAAUAAAAUUAUUAUUAAGUGACCCCAAAUAAAAGUGAGCAAUCAGGGGAGGGGAGAUCAUUGUAAUUAUAUAUAUUUGUAGGGAGGGUGGGGGGGGAGAGUUCUGUUUAAGUGCUUCCUGUAUUGUUUUGAAAAACCCCCUCAAUAGAGCAGUGCUGUUCUUUCCACUUUGCAGAUUAAUUUCAGAUAUUUGAUAGACCCUCCUUUGCAUUGUUAUGCAAGUGCUUUGUUCUCCAUCCAUGUGUGUAAUAUUUUUAGAUGAAUUCCUUGUUGCUCUUAAUACACACCUUUGCAUGUGUUCUCUCCCUUAUUCUCCAAUUCUAUGUACUAGAUUUCUCUCACAGUAAUUAAUACCUUUCCAUAAGUGAUUCCCAGGGGUUGUAAUAAAGAUACAUACCAAGAAAUAAAUUAUGGACAGCCUGUUAGUGUUCUAAUUCUAUUGCAGACAACACCUUUUAUUACUUUAAUGUUGAAAUCCAUAGGUUACUUUUAAUACUUGUGUGUCAGUUUUAUACAGCCAACCUUUCAGAUCCUAAGCCCAGCUUUUCUUUUUCAGGUAACCUCUUUGAAACCACACAUUCUGCACCAGUGUUUCACUAGCAGAUCCAGACGUCUUUACUUUUGAGCAGGACACCAGCGCUGUUUUCAGACUACUUCAAUAUCUGCGUUCUCUAUCAUGGCCUCAAUCUUAAGUUUGUUCAUGCUUUUGUAACAUAGGGUAACAAAGCCACAAAAUUACUUGUUUCUUAUUUUAAUCAGAAUAGACUUGUUCAGCAAGGAUAUAGUGCAAUUAAUCUGAUAACCACUGAAAUAGAACAAAUUUUGUCUUUAUGAUUGCAUUUCCCCACUUAAGUAUAUGCAUGCUGGCUGGCUGUUUGUUCCAUCUUUGAUUAAACAUCGAAACAUUAACAAAGUUAAGGGCCUCCCUUAGAAAGGUGUUCUGAAGGACCCCAUUUCAUAUUGGAUUCUUGUGCAGAAAUCAAAGGACCAAAAAACUUCAAAGUUAAUGAAUCAUUAGUCAUCUGUUCUGAAGACCCUUUCUCCCUCUCUCUCUCUCUCUCUCCUUAGCCUUUGAUUUUCCUUCUUGGGUAAAGAUGGUAAAUUGCCAAGUAUUCUUCUCUGAAUAAGUUGCAAUAUGGUAUUUGACAAUAAGAGUCCCAAUAAUUGAUGCUAAUAUUGAUGCUGGUGUUUUGUCCAGAACAAGUAUUGGUGAACGUGGAAUGAACUGUUCUUAAUAUUGAGAUUACUCAGACAUUUUAUUUUUCAGACCAUUUGGUAUAACAACCCCCCUCAUCUCUCUCUCUCUCUCCCUGGCUUUUGAGUGCCAGCACCAUCUUGUAGUUCCCAAAAAGUUAUUUCAAUAAUUAUCGCUGCCAAUAGCCUCCCCAACACUCUUAUACAUGGCUUUUCUGUCAUAUUUGCAUGAGAUGUAGGGGAAAUACCAUUACAUUUGGGGUGUGUUGAUUUUCACAAAUACUCAUGCCUUUCCUCCUGCCUCUUCAAGGAUCUGUCCAGCAGUGGGGGAAAUGAGUGAUAAGGAAGUGCAUAUAGGAACAUGUAUCUUGGUUUCCUUUGUUCAACUCAAAGGAGCAUAGUAUCACACUUUCCUCCUGACCACGAGGAGUUCACACAUUUCCUCAACUAAGGAUAAUUCUGUCGUGAGUGGAUUGGGUGUAUAUAAUCUUCUUGCGCUUACACUAUGGAAACUAGGUGUUCCAGAGUUACCCAUAGUCUUGAUUUCCAUAAAUCUUCAUCCCUUCAGUGAGAGUGUUCAUAUUGGGUCACAUCUUCAGGCCUAUUUGUGAAAUGAAAAUGCUCACACAAUUACUUAUAUGUAAAGAGCAUACCCAUUCACUUCCUCCUCAUCUGGCAGGUGUGUGAAUCCCUGUGUGUUUUCUCCCUGUGAAUAUUGUAGGCCAAGGAUGAAGGAAAUUGGCCCAGAAUCUGCAAAUUACCGCCCCCCUUAAUUUCCACGACAGAUUUGUUAUUUGAAAUUUCAGAUAGAUGACCAAACAUCCUCUGGGUCAAGCUCCACACACUCCAUUUUAAUCAGAUAUAUUAAUAUUUGUUAUCCCCUGAAUCAUGGGUGGUGCUGGGAAAGAGAGGCCAGUGUACAAAAUCUGAACUCUAAAUUAUAUUAAUAUAUAUGUAAUCCCACCUUAUCACUUGCCAGUUAACUAAUAUUUAUAUUAAAUUCAUUCCAAAACUUAUAUAUUUAUCACCAUUGUGUACUGAUCUCCUUAUCUCAUUCCUCAGAGUUAAAACUAAUGCAAGUGUUCUGCCCCCGUCAAAUAUUUAUGGCUUAUUUUAUAUUUCUGCUUUUGAAAGGAAACUUUGACAUGGGUGUUCAUAAAUUUAUACACUGGUCUUUAAGGUUAUUAACCCCAAAAGCCCACAAAUAAUAUCUGAAGUUAUGGUUUAUGUAUUCUUGUUACCUUUUGAAGAAUCAGGCUUCUGUCCUAGUCUGUUUGUGAAAAGGUACUAGGUCAUACUUCCAAUGAAGGAUUAAUGAAUGUUAUAUAAUGAAAAUUUCAGAGUCAUCUUAAGCACACCAGAAGACACUGCUGUAGAUAUUUAUACAGAAUCUUUUGUGUUUGUUCAACUCAGGCUGAAUAACUACUUCUACUGCAGUUUAACACUUUUAUGGAAUUUUACACAUAAUGUGUAAUCAUUAUUACACAUAUAAUUAUUGAAAUGUGGCUGUGUUCUCUUGAUGACAAGAUAAACCUGACUUGCACUGCAGUCUUUAAAAAGUACAUUUUCUCCUUAGAGAUGGAAAGGAAUUAGAGACUGUUCCCUCUUGAACAGAACUACUCAGUCUCCCCAGUAAAUCUACAAAGAAGUCAUACAUAUAGUAACAGUUAACCAACAAUCAGCAUUCUUUUAAUAAAUCUUAAAAAUAAUAGUAUUCUUGUCUACUUACUGUGACUACUGUUCAGAUUUUUUUCAGAAGUCUUUUUAUAGGUUUUAUUAGGAAAUCAUUCCAUAUUUAGGUAAAAAAAAAGUAUCUCAAUCUUAUGUAUAUAAGUUUUAUUAAUAUGUACAUAUUUAGCUAUUUUUUAAAUUACUAUGUUCUUAAUAAAACCAACAAGGGACUAGUUGUGAAUUGGUGCAUAAGAUUGUGUUGUGUUAUCAAUCUCUGGGAAUCUGUCAAGUUCAGAAAAAAACACACAAUAAAUUACUCUAAUUCAACAA